AUCAUUGAGAAGAGUGAAUUGAAGACCUUCUUCGAAAGCAACUGUUCGCAGAUUUAUUUUAUCUUCUAUGAAAAUUUCAUUACACUGGAAAGUAACUUAAAGCAAAAAGGUAAGGAAGGGUGUGCUGCCUGUGUGUCUGUUUAAAAAAGGCUACUACCCCAGUAUCCACCCCAGUAGUAGAGUUUAUAACUAGCUGGGUAAUGGAUUUUUCAGCUCGUUCAGAGCUGGUGUCAAGUUCAAUUCUGCAGGGGUUGUAGUUUUCAUUCCAAUGACUUCCCUUAGCUGUUCAAAGCCAAUUAGAUGAACAUGAAUUCAGAUCUGGUAUUACAUUGCAGCAGUGAAAUUAUUUGAGUGCCCAACCAAGGAAUGUUCAGUGAUUUGGGACCAUUCAGAGGGGAAAAAGACAACUAGUAAGACAAGGCACAAAGACCCAAAUUAAAUCAAGCUUUAUAUAUACAUGUAUAUAUAUGAAUGCAACAGAAUGCACUUCACAGGAAAAAAAUUGAAAUAAAAACAAACAAUGAAAAUAAAAACUGAAAUAUUUACUACACAACAAACAUAAGACGAUAAAAACCGAAAGACUAAAAAAGCACCCUAAGGAAAAGCAAAGCUAAAAAGGUGCGUUUUAAGAUAUCUUUCAAAUAUGUCCAUAGUUUUGGCCCCCCUCAGGUUCUCUGGCAGGUUAUUCCAGAGGCUGGGGGCAUAGUAACUAAAGGCUGCCUCUCCAUGCCUAUUGGUGCUAGGCUUUGGGAGAGUUAACAGGCCAGUGCCAGAGGACCUGAGGGACCUACUGGGUACAUAACUCAAAAGCAUGUCUGAUAUGUAUAAUUUGAUACUGUAGAGGGACCACCUCCUCAGCCCACAGUGGAGAUUCUGGGGAACUAUAGGAAUGUCAUUAUUUUAGGGUUUGGUUCAUAUAUUUUUAUAUCUUCUGUCACUGAAAGAUAUCUGUACACAACAGAAUGUGUAAAAUGUUCCGGUGUAGAAAGCGUAGAUUAGUACAGGGGUUCCAAAACUUUUUUGCUUCAGGGACCCCUUUUGUGAGAGCAAAUUCAUCAGGGACCCCCUCAUAAUAUCAGAACACAACUCCUACUUUAGAGAGCAAUACAAAUAGCAUACAAGCAGUUUUACCUUGACUUCUUCAGUGCAUGGCCGGACUAAUCAAGUCUCGGGUCCUGGGAAAUAACAUUUUAAAGGCCCCCCUCUUGGCAUCAGAGAUAACAUUUUGCAGUUUUAAAGCUAAUUUCCUGCAAUUCUACACAUUUUGCCAUGGAGCAGAGAACAACAUUUUGAGUUGAAGAAAUGUAUCAAUGAUGGAGUGCUGUGGAUAUCAAUAUCCCUGUGAGCCUCCCAGGCCCAUGUUGUGCAUCUGAGGGUUAAGAACAUUAAUUGUGGCUGAAUAAUAUCACAUUGUAUUGUAUUGCACCCUACACAAAUGUUUCCAUGGAUCUCUUGUCCAAAAUGUGUUUAAUGUGUUGUUGCUAGCAAUAUUCAUUAAAAAAAAAAUCAAAAUACAUAAUAAUAAUAAUAAUAAUAUUUUGAGAUCUAGCUGCAGUGCAGACCUCUGCUGUUCUUCACUUUGGGAACCCCUGGAUUAGUAUUGCUGGGUGUUCAUAAUAACCUAGAAAGUGCAUCACAGCAAUCUCACAUUUCCCAGAAUCCUCUCCUUCUCAGAACACACUCCACACUGACAUUACCCCUUGAGCUACACUCCACUCAGAUCUAAGUGCUUAGUGGGUAGGGCACAGCCAGGGGUUGUUUCUGGACAGGGCCUUCUCUCCCCCCUGCUGUCUGUCUGUUUGUUAAUGAAUGGGCUCUGUAAUGCACACCAAUCUGUGGGUCCUCUCCCCAAGCCCCCUUCCAGCACUUACUGUGAGCCCUGGGCGACAACCUCCAUGUCUAAUGCAUGCUCCAUCGUAGGGCCUUCAAUAAUUAACCCCCUCCACUUUCCCCAUACUCACUACUCUUUAAAGCACUGUUAUGAUGACGUCGUUGAGCGGGAUGACUUCAGCUACCACGGUCUCCUCCUCACAGCUUUAGACCCCUAUUUUGAUGAUAACCUUGGGAGGAGGUGACCUCGGGUCUACCGGCAGCUGUCUCUUUGUAGUGCUCAUAACACGUAGAGGUCUUACACACACACACACACACACACACACACACACACACACACACACACACACACGUCACUCUGAAGGGUUUACAGUACACACACCAGAUCAUGAAAGUCACAUGACUGUCAGUGCUUUGGAAUGAUGAAGUACAGUAGAGUCACUUUCCCUACUACUCUGGCCCUAGAGAGCUGCAGGGUCUGCCAGUUCUCAUCCAAGUCAAUAUUUCUCACUUCAUUGUAAGAGAGAACUCACAUCACCAGUGUUGUAAUCAAUUACUUACAAAAGUGAUCUGAAUGAAAAGCAGAUGCUGGACUACAGGAGGAUGUUUCUGACAGUUUCCCAACCCCAAUGUUGAAAUGUCUUUCCUCUUUUUAUGGAUGAAACUGACUCUCUUCUCUCUUUCAGGGAACAAAUCACAGAGGGAGGAGCUGGACUCUAUCCUCUUUAUUUUUGAAGUAAGUUGCUGUACCUUUCUGUUCUGAAUGAUGAUGAUUCCCUGUCUGAUGUCUAGUGACGGUUCCAGCCACAGACAUGGAUCAGAUCUGUCUCUGUGGUUACAGCAUUUCAACCUGUUCACUCUGCUCUGCAUUCAGCUGAAGGGAGGGGCCAACACCGUUUCCAUGGUGCUGAUUCUACCUGCCUGCCUACUUCCUGAAUUCACCUCAAAUAGAAAAAGAAAGGGGGUUGUUAAGGAAUAAAUAGACCCAGCUUGAUUGUUUUUCAUCACUGUUGAAGGCAGCACACAGAGAUGGCAGAAACCUUGCUGUGUACUGUAUUAAUUUGUAGUGUUUUUCUUCAGUAGAGGUGAGUGUUGUGUGGGCUACAUGAUUUAAAAACAGCUUGACUGAUGUCAUUCUCCACUCUGGUGCUUCUCCUGGAGGUUAAAGUCCCCCACCUUGUUUUUCCACCUGACUCAAACAGUAGCUCCAGUUUCCAAUACAAACAGGCAGCUCUCCAGUAACAUUUGCUCAUGGCGGGCUGGCAGUUUCUGGAUCAGGAAGAGAGGCGGAGACAAGAGAGCAUAUGUCUGGUCCUUUCAGUGGAAAUGGAGUCUAUGUGUGAGGGGAGUGUUCUUUUCACUGUGUCGACAGAGGUCAUUCUAGCAGGGCAGGACCGAGGAAGAGGAGCCCAGGGCUGAGGUCUGGACAUGGGCCCACUGGUCUGUGUAAAAUCUAGGCUAAAUGGUAUCAGCAGGCCAUACACUCUACUCCAGGGAUGGGCAACUGGCAGCCGCUGUGGCCCCUCAUGAUGAGUUCAGAUUUUUUGUGGCCCCCACCCCAUCAAAGUUGCCCAUCCCUGCUCUACUCUGUCAGAGAGCUACCCAGGCAUCUUCAACGUGUCCCCUAUAUGAUCAUGUAACAUCUAAUUUAUCCCCAUAUGUGGACUGCAUUUGGCUUGUUAUUCGCAAACUUACUGGUGUGAGGUGCAGAACAUGCUAUAUGUGUUGUGCUUUAUUGGCAUGCUGGUAUUGCAGGUGUAUGCAAUAUCCUGUAUGUUAUUGACACAGUCAGCUGCUUACAGUCUUUCUCCUGUAUUGACUGUUGAGUGAGAACUUCACAAACUGUUUAUGAUACCUUACUUUCACCUGACUGAACUUCUCUCUCCAUACAUUUUUAAACCUGGGCUCCAGUCAAGAUGACAUCCAGCCUGGUAUUGACAGGAAGUGCUCUCUGUCUGUUCAUGUGGAAUUAAGCUAGGUGUCAGUCUGUCUUUCUCAGCCUCACUCCACAGCAUGAGAAGUCUGUCUCCCAGUCUGUCUGUCUACACACGCACCCAGUCAUAUGGCCUCGGAUUCCACAUGCCUUUUAAAUAUUUAUAAGGUAUCCUUUGAAAAAGAACUAAUAUUGAAAGCAGCUUAACCCUAGUGUGUCCCCUUUAGCCCUGUGUGUUUUUACAGUGUGCUGAGAAGAUAAUCUCACUGAGUGGUGUGUACAGGACUGAUACGGACAGCUUUGAUCCUCAGCUGACACAUCGUGUUCCCUUCUCUCUGAGCUGGUAGAUUAGACAUGUUGGAUCAUACAUGGCUGUUUAUACAGUAUGGAUUUGAUAUCCAGGUCUACCUGCAAGCACACAUACGCUUGGCACUAAUGUGUGUCGUUUUGUGUUAGCCCCAAAGAAAUGAUUCACUUUACAGUGUAAGGGGAUAGAUUGUACAGUAGAAAAGGCAUGGGAUAAGCUCAUAAAAGACGGUUUUGUAGUGGUGCACAGGUUUAUUUCCUUCUAUUCUCAAGGGAGGGCAUGUGACUGUUGUCGGGCCCUUACUCCUGUGCUGUGUCUUUGUACUCACACACUAACAUUUCAAUCAUAUUCAAAUUGGCGACAUCUUGUGCUGUGAACUGCAAUGCCCCUAGUAGCAGUGGCAAGUCCGUAUCAUCAGUUUUAGUUAGGCUCAUCAAUCAACCAUAAAAUAAGCACCAGCCUCCCCAGCCCCAGAUAGCACAGAGCUGUGUCUGUGACUGGAUUGUUGCAAGGAUAAAGCCAUUAGUGACUCCACCACGCUUUGUGACACACUUUAAUGUGGUUUGACAGGCGGGCUAAGAAUAAAUCAUCUCUCUGCCUUCAAUAACCCACUUCAUGAAUUCAUCCCUGGAAGUCUCCAGAUACCUCACUAAAGGUAGCAAGCUACUAGCUCCGAUUGUCUCAGCUCUCCAAGGAAAGAUGAGAAACUAGGCUACAGGCUCCCCCUCCAUCAAACUAAGACCCCAUCUCUGGACCUGCUUGGCGUGUCUCCAGUGUGUUAUUGUUUUGACCUGGCUGUGCUGUGGAGAUGACCUUACUGUCACUGUGGUGCGGUAUGUGAGCCCCCUUUCUGAGGGUGGCUGGGGGGGGGAGCCUGCUAGAGGAGUAAUGGGUCUUUUGUUCUCCCUCAACCAAGCACCCCCACCCCUGCCGUCAUCACCGCCACCUCCCUGCUCUCUUUGUGUCUGGUGGCAUUGAGACACCCGCCACAACCGCUUGCGCUGUUACACUGUUGUGUAGUGUGUUCUGUGGUUACACCACAGAAUGAUGAGGUGCAGAGAGCCUGUGUUCUACUUUUGAUGCCACAGACAUAAAAUGUCAUAGCAUACCUGUACGUCUGCCCUUCAAUACACCUCAUAAUACAUGCAGUUAAAGAAUUCAAUAAGCAGCCUAAUCAAUACCUUUCCCAGACAAUAACAAACCAAUGUCGGUGCCGUGCCAUCACUUAUUCAGUCCAUGUUUUGAACAACCUAUUAGUGCUACAAUCAAUGCCUGUCUUCUCUUGAAUUAUCUCACUCACUGAUCUAAUGCACAACAGAAACAGACUGAUUCCUCUCAGCCAGACGCAUCACAUUAACAGUGUAUCACACAUUCAAAGGCGUGACAUAAAAGCUGAGGACAUAGGGCUGCUAGCCUGCACUACACGCUGCAUGUUUGCUAAGUCAUGCUGUGAAUACCACCUCUGUUCAACUUGAUCUACCCUGGCUGCCUCCCAUGAAACACUUGCCUGCCUUCACUCUCAGAUUGGCAGUGGGCAUAAUGGCUGCUUUCUCCCAGCCCAGCUCUGGCCUGCUCUCCCCAUCACUUCCUCACUUUACUCUGUGUCCUCACUGCCAAGAGGGAGCAGGCUUUGGCUAGGCCGCUGCAGCGGACACUACAGACUUUAGAGUAGGUACACACUGACUGCACAGUAUCUGCCCUAGCCUACAAGUGGGCUAAUCAGUGAAUGACAACGUCCUUGCAGUAGUCCACAUGACGAGGCCACACUGGAUUUAGAUGCUUUAGGUUUUGUGUGUGUGUGUGUGGCACUUGAUUUGAAUGUGAACUUGAAGACUGCAGAAUUACUAGAUCGCUGUUAAUAUAUUAUAAUAUUUACACUGAGUGUACAAAACAUUAGGAAUACCUUCCUAAUGUUGAGUUGCUGUACCGACAAUUCACAUCAAAUUUGAGUAGGUGGAUGAGGAACAGUUGGGAAAUGCUGUGGAAGAGCGCCACUCAUUUUUUUAUUUAAAUUGUACCUUUAUUUAACUAGGUAAGUCAGUUAAGAACAAAUUCUUAUUUACAAUGACGGCCUGCACUGGCCAAACCCAGACGACGCUGGGCCAAUUGUGCGCCGCCCUAUGGGACUCCCAAUCACGUCCGGUUGUGAUACAGCCUGGAAUCGAACCAGGGGGUCUGUAGUGACGCCUCAAGCACUGAGAUGCAGUGCCUUAGACCGCUGCACCACUCGGGAGCCCCAAAUUACAGCAAGUGUAUGUAGGUGUAAGUCAUAGAAAAACCCUCUAGACCUCUGUUGUCAUUGUCACAAGACGGGAGCUCUGUGGUCACAUGACAGGAGUCCCAGACCCACUCACUCAUGGUUAUUUACCCUCCCUCAUGGCAGAGGUGACGGGUCAGUGGACAGCACGUCAUUGGAAAUUUGUGAGAGGCACACACGAAAAGUAGCCUAAGUUAUUUUUGUGUGCAGUACACAAGUUUGUAUACAGUGCAUUUCAAUCACAGAUAAAUACAGUUUUGUUGAUCUCGGGGUUGUGAGACUGGCUGUGGCCCUGUGAUUCUGACCAUGUUAGGGGUUGUGAGACUGGCUGUGGUUCUGAUCAGGUUAAGGGUUGUGAGACUGGCUGUGGCCCCGUGGUUCUGACCAGGUUAAGGGUUGUGAGACUGGCUGUGGCCCUGUGAUUCUGACCAGGUUAGGGGUUGUGAGACUGGCUGUGGCCCUGUGGUUCUGACCAGGUUAGAGGUUGUGAGACUGGCUGUGGUUCUGACCAGGUUAGGGGUUGUGAGACUGGCUGUAGUUCUGACCAGGUUAGGGGUUGUGAGACUGGCUGUGGUUCUGACCAGGUUAAGGGUUGUGAGACUGGCUGUGGCCCUGUGGUUCUGACCAGGUUAGGGGUUGUGAGACUGGCUGUGGUUCUGACCAGGUUAGGGAUUGUGAGACUGGCUGUGGUUCUGACCAGGUUAGGGGUUGUGAGACUGGCUGUGGCCCUGUGGUUCUGACCAGGUUAGGGGUUGUGAGACUGGCUGUGGUUCUGACCAGGUUAAGGGUUGUGAGACUGGCUGUGGCCCUGUGGUUCUGACCAGGUUAAGGGUUGUGAGACUGGCUGUGGUUCUGACCAGGUUAAGGGUUGUGAGACUGGCUGUGGUUCUGACCAGGUUAAGGGUUGUGGGACUGGCUGUGGCCCUGUGGUUCUGACCAGGUUAGGGGUUGUGAGACUGGCUGUGGCCCUGAGGUUCUGACCAGAUUAGAGGUUGUGAGGCUGGCUGUGGCCCUGUGGUUCUGACCAGGUUAAGGGUUGUGGGACUGGCUGUGGUUCUGUGGUUCUGACCAGGUUAGAUGUUGUGGGACUGGCUGUGGCCCUGUGGUUCUGACCAGGUUAAGGGUUGUGAGACUGGCUGUGGCCCUGUGAUUCUGACCAGGUUAAGGGUUGUGAGACUGGCUGUGGUUCUGACCAGGUUAAGGGUUGUGGGACUGGCUGUGGCCCUUUGGUUCUGUAACCAGGGGACCUCAGAGGGAAGUGUGUGUGUCUGCUUCCCCAGUCUCUGGGCUGCGACCUGACUCUGACCCCAGCCAUCCAUCAUCCAGCCCCUGACUCACCACUCUAAGCUCAGGCCUGCUCUGAUCUCCAGACUGGGAAAGCCCCAGUCUGUCCAGAAUACACUCAUUCUUCAAUAGGGUAGUGCUCAGAGUGUUAUUAAUAAACCUUAUUUGAUGCAACACCCUCUACGGCAAUAUGCCUUUGGGUAAAGGAGAGUAGUCAGAAAAGGCCAGCUCUGUGAGCUACAUUGGUAUUACUUUUCUUCACUAUUUUGGGAUAUCAGCUAGCGACUGAAUACUCUAUGCUUUUCUGUGUGUGUAGACCCUUAGGACGUAUGAGUAGGCCAGCCUACACUCAGUCAGUCCUGUAGUAGUGACACAGGACGGUAAUCAUGUUAGGAAGGAAAGAGGACAUGGAGGAGAGGAAAGCGCUCGGCUUACACAGCUCUCAUUAUUUACUGUGCUAGUCUCCGCCAUCGCUCACGGGGGCAGACAAUUGGCCGUGAUUGAUGUCAGUUUAACAGCUCGCUGCAGAGCCGAACCAUUAAAAUGCUGGGUAUGUAAAUGUAAAUGUUCCAAGUAGGUCAUGAAUGAAAUAAUGUCAACCCGUAUCGUGGCUGCCCAUCAGUACCUCUCCUCUGUGUCUCUGGGUUAAUGGCCUCAUCUUCCCCUUGGUGCACAUCAAGGGUGGAAGAGCUCAAUGGCUUUUUAUUGUCUUGUUUUCUACUAGCCUACAUCCUUCAGGAGAAUGAACAUGGAGCCAUGAUGUUUUCCUCCUCCUGUUUGGAUUAGGAUUGACAGAUCUUCUGCAAGAGACUGUUGGUAUAAAUAUAAAUGCUAAUAUACUUUUUUUUUAAACUGUCCUGUGUGGCUCAAUCGGUCACGCAUUGGCGCUUCCAAAGCCAAUGGUCGUGGGUUCGAUUCCCGCUGGGGCCACCCAUAUGUAAAAAGGUAUGCACACAUUGACUGUAAGUGGCUUUGGAUAAAGUGUCUGCUAAAUAGCAUCAAUGUAAGCCUUCACCUGACCAUAUUAGGGAGUUUAGAUAUGUCAUGUAGUGCAAUGCUGUAGAGGAGCAGCAGUCUAGGCCUUCCUUUUGUAGGUUGCUGUUAUUGUCUAAACUUCUGGGCAUCUAUUAGGCACCCGUCACUGGGUUUGCCUUAUUUGGCUACUCAGCCUUACUGUCAGUGGGUUGAACUUGUAUUCACUGGUCCUGUCAAAAACAAAUCCUAGCUGAUCAUUAAAAGGUUAUUUAAGACAUGCUAUGAAACUGAAGGGUCAGUGAAUUCAGGUUGCUUUGACUUUGACUUGGAGAAAAGUGGAAUAUGUGAAUACUGAUCAGACUGGUAAUCAUUAGCUUAAGGAAGUGCUGCAGUGUAUUGUUGCUGCCACCUACUGACCAGAGAGUAGUAUGAAGACAUUUCAUAAAUGCCUUUAUGGUUACAUGAAUGCAACAUUGCAUGUCUGAAACUUAUGACCAAAUUUAAUGAGCAAGCAGAAACACCAUUUGAUAGGCUACUUAACCAAUCUGAUCAAAACCAUAUUAGGCCUACUUCUAUUUGAUAGGUUAUAUGUCAUCAGUUGAGCUCAGUAUCUAGUUCUACAAACGGCUGGUGAUUUUGGUUUCCAUGUAAAUGAGUAAUCCACUGUUUACACUGGAGGUUGGCCUGGAAACAUUUUCAGUCUUUCACUGUAUGACUGGAAAUUUUACUGUCACAUUAUUUCAUGUCUCCAACACAUUUGAGUUACUCCAACAUUUUCAAUGCAAGCUCACGGGAUAGUUUAAUAAAUUACAGUGAACUGUGACCCUGCUCUAUUCGCCUGCUGUGGCUCUGGGCUGUGAUGGUCACAUGCCUGCCAUGCCGUUCACUCAAACUCCACUGUGACUGACUGACUGACUGCCCUAUAGAAACAAAUGUCUCUGGCUCAUAUAUGGCUGGUUUAAGAAAGUUGACUCUUGUUUUCUGAAAAGUAAUCUCGCUCUUAACAUGAGUUGAAACUCCACAGAGUCCUGUUGCAUUAUUCACCAACUUUCUCAUUGUUGCGUCAAAACAAGGAUGAGGAAGACUCCACAGGUGCAGUGUAACAUCCUACCAAAGUGAAGCUUGAAUCAGUGGGCACAAUGACAAAAACAAAGUCUUCAAAGUUCUCCUGAGGGUGUCUGUGAGCACUGGAAAGCCCUUGUGGGACACCUCUGGUAGAAGUGUAUUCUGAGUCAUGUACACCCUGUGGCUGGAAACCUAAGUACGGAUCAUGUAAAUGUGGUUGGAGUUGGACGCGUCCCUCCGUAAUGCCCCAUCUUUAUGCCUGGAGUACGGCUCCAGAUUAGAGGAACUCAGUCAGCCCGCUCUGCUCAGCCCCUUUGUCAGGCUCACAGCGCUUCAUAUCAGCCAGUAAAGUCCCAUUGUUGCGGCUGCCAUUCCCACCGCCGUGGGGAGUCUCCCUGCUUCUGCUCCUCUCUCUCUGCCUUCCCCUGGACGAAGGGUGGGUGUUAUUACACACACACACACACACACACACACACACUCCCUCUCUGGAAACCACACAGGCUUAGGCUGACCCCCAACUGUUUUACCACCUAGAAUAAUGUGUCUGCUUCUCUAAGGAGAGCAUCAGUGCUGGGAGCUGGGGAUGUCUAAUCCCAGCUGGGAUCAAUAGAAAGGUGCAAUAGAGAGGGACACAUGUAUCAUCACGCUCUGGAUCAGAGAGGAGUCAACCAGGACACAGGGACACAGUCCCACAGGCAGGCACCAGGAGUGAUGGCUGUCUGUCAGAUGUCCGUCUCAGCAUAAUGUGGUGUGGCUGCUCUCCUCCUGGCCACUGAUCCAGGCUCUGGUCUCUCGCUCUCUCCGGCUGUGGACUCUUCCUUCAGUCUCUCUAUUUCUCAAGACUCACUGCAAAUUCCGUUUGCAUGUAUAGCUACUGCUGGUGAGGACAUAAUGUUCAGAGCUCCCCCCCCCUUCUCUCUCUCUCUCUCUCUCUCUCUCUCUCUCUCUCUCUCUCUCUCUCUCUCUCUCUCUCCUCUCUCUCUCUCUCUCUCUCUCUCUCCUCUCUCUCUCUCUCUCUCUCUCUCUCUCCUCUCUCUCUCUCUCUCUCUCUCUCGCUCUCUCUUCUCUCGCUCUUCCUCUCUCUCUCUCUCUCUCUCUCUCUCUCUCUCCUCUCUCUCUCUCUCUGAGUAGAGCUCUCAUGCAGGCCAGGGUAGGGUUGAUAUACCAAGUGGUUCAUCAAUUACCCACAAUGCACUGGCCAUUAUCGGACCAGCCACCACACACUGCGCAUUCCACAGUGGUGUCCUCUCCUCCCCCAUACCUCUCCUCCCCCAUACCUCUCCUCCAUCCCCCGGUCUCUUUUUCAUCUCCCCCAGAGGGACCCAGGUAACCCGUCCCUCAGUGGAGGAGUAAUUAUAGCCUGCUGAAAGGUCACACGCUCUAAUUGAGUUGUAAAUCCCAUGGUUGGUGAGGUGAUGACAUUUCCAGCGUUGUCCCGUGUCACCGGGGCCACCCCUAUAACAGGCCGGAGACGCACACGGAGGAGGAAUAGAGAGCAGUGACUACUGGUUGACUGACGAGGCUGCUAUGCUUUUUUAAAAAGUGGGCUCUGUUUAGGAUGUAUGGCUGAGAAGGCCCAGUCUAGUGUGUGGCGUGCAAAAGUGUCACCAGUCCAUAUUGAGUUGUUUUAAAGCCUAUCAAGUAAAUGUUUUAUGUCCUCUCUCCAUCUGUGAUCAGGUUUCUCUUCCUGUGUCUUCAGGUUUUUACUGAUGUUGCCUGAUUUGUCUGUUUGGAGAAAGACACCUCACCUCAGCCAUUUGUGCAAAUGUUUUACACGUUCUUUCCCAUCUUCUCCAGAAAAUUCUGCAACUUCUACCAGAAAGAAUCUACAGUCGAUGGCAGUUCCACAGUAUAGGUAUGUACCAAUGAAUCAGCUGUUUCUAAGUUGGUUCUUACUCUACCCUCCUUGAAUAGGCCUACAGUGGCAAUAUUUGCAUUCUUCUGCAUGGGUACAGUAGUCAAAGGCCUGUUCCCUUCUGUGUUACUACAACCACCAAAAUAACCCACGGAAGCAAAGAUUAUCAACACAACCACGCUUUAGCGGUUCGUAUGAGAAGAAAAUAAUUAGUCGCGGAAGGAGAGGUAAAUGAAAAAUGCAAAUGAGAGCUUCAUUUUAAAUGCAAAUUGGUAAUUUCAUUAUGCGUCGCUCGGUUUCAGCCUUGCUAGCAGGAGGACCCUCGCAAGCAGCGAUAACCUCAAUUAUAAUCUUCUGUUUGUCAGACGUUUCUCUAAAGCGACGAGGCAGAGAUCGUCGCUGCCGAUCACCCCUGGGGCUUAUUGCUCCAAAUAUGGAGGCUCAUCCUCCUUCGGCAGUCCCCAAACACGCACCCUGCUCCCUGGUCCACAAAUCACCAGCUAAAACCUGUCCCUCCUUCCCUAGCCUCAUCCUUAAGGAGUCACCUCACCUAGACAACUGUUACCUAUUAUUGACCCUAAUGCCCAACGUAGGUAGAGGACAAAACUCAUUAGCAACACUGGCAAGGAACGCCAUAAGCUGUGGAACUCCUAGUCAGAUGCAGUAAGACAGGCCCCAGUGGUGUCCUUUUAGUGAUUCCUCCACUAGUGAAACAAGCAUUUACACAGACCGUCACCUGGUGGAAAAUGUAUCUCGGUCUCCCUCCGUUUCUCCUUAUGUCUAAUUUCCAAUCUUUUGGAGCCUAGGAGUUGGGAUUGGAAGCAAUUUAUUCUUCCUUCAUUUUUUCAACACCGGGACCGUCAUUGAUUUAACCUGAUGAGUGGAGAAGCAGGCAUUUAGCAAUCAGAGCAAUGUCUCAUUUGAUUACUUCGGACCUGAUUGGCUUCAUAACUGCACACCAGGCAAUUGAUGUUCAUUUUCAUCAGGAGAAUGAGCAGCCUUCCCUCCCUGACUGGUUUAUCACCACCCCCAAGGUCAAUAUGUACUGAUGGAACAGCCAGACAUGAAUGUCUCUCUGUGUUAAGUGUAACUAUGUGCAGAGAGUGGUGUCUAGUAUCUCUAGCACACAUCAGGUGGAAGGCAUAUCUGUUCUGUUGGUGUCAGGGUUGUCCUCUGUUGUUCAUGCUCUCUCGCUUUCCGUUGCAGGUUCUAUUCUGAAAAAGCUUUUGCACACUGGAAACUCAUUCAAGGUAAGACUUUUUGUGUGUUUUCUCACACAAACUUGCACAUCUUUCUCCCACAUUACUGUGAAGGAAACGGAGCAGUCUGAUCCUGUUCCGUGUACAGUAACCUGUCCGCUCUCCUCCUGCAUGUAGAUCAGAUGUGAGGGCAUCCGUCUGUUCCUGCUGUGGCUGCAGGCCCUGCAGAAUAACUGUGCAGAGGAGCAGUUCCUCAUCUUCGCCUGCCUGGUGCCAGGCUUCCCUGCUGUGCCCUCCACCAGAGGACCCUGCACCCUGGAUACCAUCAUCUACAACCCUUUCUCCAACCCGCCCGAUGGUGAAACCCCUCAACAUCUCACACACACACACACACACACACACGUUUGUUUUACUAUCCUUGUGGGGACCAAACAAUUGAUUCCCAUUCAAAAUCCUAACCUAACCAGGACCCAUAAACCUAACCAGGACCCAUAAACCUAACCCCUAAGCCUAAAAUAGCCUUUUUCCUUGAGGGGACCGGCGAAAUGUCCCCAGUUGUCCUGAAUUUUCCUUGUUUUACUAUCCUGGACUUCUGGUCCCCACAAGGAUAGUAAAACCAAACACACACGCUCACCGCCCCCCCCAAGGCUCUCCCUGCUCCGUCGUCUGGUCCCCUGUCCCUACAGUUGAACGUGUCCCAGCUUGUUAAGACCUGUUUCUGUGCCAUCUGGAAGUUGUGCAAUUUGACCUGGGGCAGUUGACUGUGAUUGUCUGGGUCCUGGGGAAUUACACUGAUUAUUUCAUAAAACAGGCUGCUGGAGUGAGAUGGGUCGUCUUCACUCCUCAGAGAGUAUUAGAGAUCUGUUCUGUUAUUAAUAAUACGGUGCUCAUAGUGUUCAUCAGUGUGUCUCUGUUUCUCUCUCUAUACGCUCAACAGCCAAGGUGGUGCCUGAGGAGAUUACCCCGCUGGUGCCGGCUGUGCCAGGGGAGAAGCUGGCAGAUGACCAGACCUGCUACAUCCUCCAAACCCUGCUCAAGUUCAUGGUUGUCCAGGUGAGGCUCCUGCUACAACACAGUCCUACCUAGACAACACUGGAUCACACUGUGGCCUUGGUCGAAUACUUUCAAAAUGCAUGAUCCAAUCAAAUGAGGCCAUUCUUUCCUGUAAAAACAAAGUAAUGGAUCCAGUACAAAGCUUGUAUGGGGCCUAUUGUCUGGCUGUGUUGUAACUCUGUGUGUCUCUUUGUGUCUGAAAGGCGUCCAGUUUAGAGUGGACAAACAAAGACAACCAGGACACCGGCUUCAGGUUUCUCUUCAGUCUGUUCAAGAAGUACUAUCUUCCCCACCUCUUCCCCUCCUUCACCAAGCUCACCAACCUUUACAAGCCGCUUUUAGGUAGGGGUGUGGGUGUGGGUGAGUCCGUGUAUUCCCUUUGCUAUGAGCAGUCUUUUAUACCGUCAUGUCACCGUGGGUCAAUUUGCAAAAACUCAAGAGCUUAUUCCAGUUGAGAGACUGAAUGUGCAGCUUCACUCUCUCUCUAACACACUCCUGGUAGCAAAUUGGGUAUUAGCUACUCUCCUUAGAAGCAGCUUUGGAGAAUUGAAAUGUUUUUUGGGAAGUGUAAUAUAAUGUUCCUCUAUUGAACCAGGCAAGUCAGAAGUUCUAAUUUGUAAUUGCAGCAACAGGCCUUUGCCAAAUCAAAAAAUGUGACCCAAAAGCUAAUUACUACAGUCGAUGCACACAGAUUCCUGAGGCCAGGCAAUUUAGAUGUCUUGUCAUGAACCUGAUGCUUUUCUCAAUUUCCCCUGUUGUAAUGAUCUACUCUCUCUCUGAGAGUGAAUGUCUAGUUUUAGCUAAUUGCCAGUUAAUUCAAAGGUAUUCAACCCAUGUUUAAAUGAGGUUUCAUGAAUUAUAGAAAUUAAAAUCCUUUGAAACAUUAACCUGGUCCAUGAGGCUGUGGUUCACUGUAAUUAUCAGGGUUGUUCAGGUCAAUUACUUUGUGGGCUGAAUUCAAUAUUCUCAUAUUAUGGCCAGUAACAGCUAAAAAAUGGAUGUUGACUGAAAGCAGCGUAUUUAGAUCUUGUGUAAUUUCCUUAUCUUUCUCUAACUCCCACUAUGUGUCUUUCACUCUCACCUUCCAUAUAUCACCCUCCUUUCUCUCUCUGUGUCUCUGACCCCUCCCUUUCCCUACCUCCCCCAGACCUCCCCCACCAUAGACCAAAGCCUCUGUAUGUCCCGGUGACCCGUAACAACGAGAGCACGUUCUGUACGAGGGACCAGUACCUUGCUCCCCGUGUGGCCUUCAUCACCUGGCUGGUCACCUUCUUCCUGGAGAAGAAGUACGUCAGCACCGCCACCCCAAGCGCCAAGAACGGGACUAACGAGGUCAUCCCCAAACUCAUCCAGGUAGGUCCGCUGUCAAACAUGCUAGUAGAUACCCAUAGACUUCCAGUCAUUGCGCUAACGCUAGUUAGCAUUGGCUCGCGAAACGACCUCUAACGGCCUUCAUACUGGACACAGAGACAUAAAAAUGGGAUCCACAAGUUCAUCUGACUCUAGGGAAGUAGAUAAAGUGCCUCAUUAGCAAAAUCCCGAAGUAUCCCUUUAAUGCAGGAAGGACUUAAUGGUCAAUUCCAAGGAGAGGUUAUUUUAAUGUCAAUUUGGAAUCAUUUUAGUCAACCAACAGUUACUUCUGUGUUUGUCUUAGUCUUUAUAAUUUAUACUGGAACCUAGCCCUAAACCCUCUCACUGGUACCCUGUCCAACCCACUGCCUGUGCUGUGUGUGUGUUCAGACUGUCACUGCAGGCGGUAGCAGUCAGGAGAAGGAUAAAGACCGUGGUGGUGAGGGUGAGCCCAACGGCCCCACGGAGCCAGAGAAGAGCCACUCUAACAGUAGCACGCUGUCUGACCGGCGUCCCAGCGACUCCAGCCUGUGCAGCAUCGAUGAGGAGCACCGCAGCGUCUAUGACAUGGUGCACGGCGUCCUGCUUUCCACACGGGACAACAUCAACUUCGUCAACGAGGUCUUCCACCAGGUACAGCCCGCAGAGAGAUGAUAACAAAGUGUUUCCAAGUGACUCAAUGAGAGUAUAAACUACGCUUUUCCUCUACAAGAGCAGUUUUAGUUGUGAAGCUGAUUUCCUCUGGUACGCCACUAGCUUUUGAACAUGAUGCUGAAUACUAAACCAUGUUGUUAUGUGUUGUGGUGUGCUGCCAUCUAGUGGAAAGACACUAUCACUACAUCAAAGCCAUCGUCUUAGAGUUGGAGCAAAUUCAAUAAACACUUGUAACAUUCAAGUCAAAUGUCCUUAGCCACCACAUCUGCUUUUUGCCAUUUAGCAAACACCUUAUUAUGAUCCUGAAAAUACAUGUAUUCAGUAUUCAUAUAUUGUAUUUUCUAUUGCAUAAUCUCUGUUUGUAUCUCCAGGCCUUCCUGUUGCCCUCCUGUGAGGCGUCAGCGACCCGGAAGGUGAUCAAGGUGUACAGGAAGUGGAUCCUGCAGGAGAAGCCAGGCUUCAUGACAGAGCCGGAGAAGAGCAGACAGGCCGAGGUUGAGGAGAACCCAGAGCAGCUGCUCAUCACUGAGACCGAUAGCACACACACACAAGUAAUGUCAAUGAUACACACACCCACCCACACACACACUCACACAGGGCGGCAGGUAGCCUAGUGGUUAGAGCGUUGGGCCAUUAACCGAAAGGUCGCUAGUUCAAAUCCACGAGCCAACAAGGUGAAACAUCUGUCAUUGUACCCUUGUGCAAGGCACUUAACCCUAAUUGAUAAUGGCAGACCCUGGCUGUGACCCCAUUCUCCGAAGGUGUUUCAGGGGGUGUUGGGAUAUGCAAAAAACACAUUUCCAUUUCACGCAUGUGUAUAAAACACAAAUAUAAGUAUUAUUAUUAUUAUUAUUACACACAACUAAAAUGAACUCCGAACACUCAAUUUCAUACUCGCCAUGCUGACUGGACGGUCGUGUCCUCCUGCAGGUGUUGGAGAGUCAUGGUCACAAGCGCUCUUCCAGUUGGGGCAGAACAUACUCCUUCAGCAGUGCCAUCAGCCGGGGCUGUCUCACUGAGGAACAGAACAGAGACAUCAAGGCUGGCAUCCAGCCCACCCUGCAGGUAUGUUGCUUGCGAGCGUGUUUUGUCUUUUGAAACGUUUUUUUGUGUGUGUCCAGAUGUGACUGUAUUCCGUAACCCCUGACCAUAGUUUAUUUCCUUACUCUAUCCCCAGGUGUUCCUGACCAACUCGGCCAACGUGUUUCUGCUGGAGCCAUGCCAGGAUGUGCCCAAACUACUGGACAACCAGGUGGAGGUGUGCAAGGGGGUUCUCAGCAUCUACCGCCACAUGAUCAUGGAGCACGCCAUGAACACACAGACAUGGUACGUCAGUCCGCACCUCAUACACUUACAUACUGAUAUAAACUAAACAGUGCCGUAUCUAGGGGUCGUUAUCAAUAAAAACGUCACAAUAGUGUUCGAUUUGGCUGCUGGAGGGCAAGGAGACCCCAGCUCCGCUAAAACCAUAUUUGGUUUUAAUAUCAUCAUCUCUUGAAUAGCAUAGUCAGAACUACACAUUUCUGAUUAUUCCACAUUUAGCUCUAUCAUCAGUUAUACAGCAAUCAGUAAACAUAAAUUGAUCAUGUAUUUUUAGAUAUUUGUAGCGCGCUAGCUAAAGCAAACAAAGUGUCAUUUAGCUUGCUUCAUCAGAAAGAGCUUGACAUCAUCCUGGUAAAGUUGUCAGUCGGACUACUGUCAUCACCGCUAUAGCUGGCUAGCCAAUCAAACAAUAUUUAGAUAUAGUAAUCUAGUUUAUCCCCUGAAAGUUAGCUUGAUUGACGUGAUCUGUUAUUAGCUAGCUAGCCAAUUUGACGUGGUCCAUCAAUCAAUGUAGCCUAUCAUGUUUGUCAGCAGCAAUCAUGACUAAACACUAUUUAAAAACAAUGUUGAAAAAGGGAUAAUGUUAGCUAACUUUGCUAGGUAGGCCUAUGUUGGUUGGAGAAAAAAGUACAUUAGGUCUACUUAAGUGAUAAUGCCCGAGAAGCCGGUGAUUUUUAAAAUCAUAUUUUCAUUAAAAACAUUAUUUUGAUUAAUUUAUUCGUACUAUUUCAUCCUUCCACAAGAUAUGUCCCGACUCAAAUCUAGGGUUCCUAGAGACGCGACCCAGUUGUUUGUUAUUUUUGUUCUGUAUCUAUGUAUGCGACCCAGUUGUUCAUUCUAAAUGUUCCAUUGCCAUACUGGCUGGCAACGUUCUUAUCCCUUGCUUGCUAGCUAGCCAACUACUGCUAAUUUACAGUUACGUCAAAAAGUUCAGCCAGAAUAACAGCCAGCAAAGAAGCUGCAUUUGCAUUUGUUUAAGCUGUUUUCUAGUGACAUUUAUUUGGAUACAUCCAUAACAAUCAGCUUAUGAUGCGCGACUUUGCCUGGCAGAGAAAAUGUGCUCUCUGUCAGGACACUGUUCAGACAAAAGAAAGGCAAUCCAUGACAUUCAUUUGAGCUGAUUUUAUCCACCACAGCAGACAUAGCUAUAGCUACUUAUUGUAUGUCACAUUUGUCUGUACAUUCUCCUGGAUGGUGCAUUGGUUGAAAUAUCUGUCGGAGUCUGUGCUACCACUUCUGCUGCCUAGCUUCAGCCUUUUGGGUGUUGAUUGGUGCUGCAGUGUUCUCUUUGUUUUCGGCCAGGAUGUUGCUCCAGCGUUUUCUGUCUGUCAGUGAGGGACGCCAGUAGCUAUGGAGCGAACCUUCGCACCGAUGCCCACUCACUGACAUGCAUAAUCUCCCUCGCUUCUAAACCAGCAUUGGCCAGUUUCUGGACUGUCGUGGUCCUGAUGCUGUGAUUUGUGUAUGUACAGUUGAAGUCUGAAGUUUACAUACACCUUAGCCAAAAUACAUUUAAACUCAGUUUUUCACAAUUCCUGACAUUUAAUCCUAGUAAAAAUUCCCUGUCUUAGGUCAGUUAGGAUCACCACUUUAUUUUAAGAAUGUGAAAUGUCAGAAUAAUAGUAGAGAGAAUGAUUUAUUUCAGCUUUUAUUUCUUUCAUCACAUUCCCAGUGGGUCAGAAGUUUACAUACACUCAAUUAGUAUUUGGUAACGUUGCCUUUAAAUUGUUUAACUUGGGUCAAACGUUUCGGGUAGCCUUCCACAAGCUUCCCACAAUAAGUUGGGUGAAUUUUAGCCCAUUCCUUCUGACAGAGCUGGUGUAACGGAGUCAGGUUUGUAGGCCUACUUGCUCGCACACGCUUUUUCAGUUCUGCCCACAAAUGUUCUAUAGGAUUGAGGUCAGGGCUUUGUGAUGGCCACUCCAAUACCUUGACUUUGUUGUCCUUAAGCCAUUUUGCCACAACUUUGGAAGUAUGCUUGGGGUCAUUGUCCAUUUGGAAGACCCAUUUGCGACCAAGCUUUAACUUCCUGACUGAUGUCUUGAGAUGUUGCUUCAAUAUAUCCACAUAAUUGUCCUUGCUCAUGAUGCCAUCUAUUUUGUGACGUGCACCAGUCCCUCCUGCAGCAAAGCACUCCCACAGCAUGAUGCUGCCACCCCUGUGCUUCACGGUAGGGAUGGUGUUCUUCGGCUUGCAAGCCAGCCCCUUUUUCCUCCAAACAUAACAAUGGUCAUUAUGGCCAAACAAUUCUAUUUUUGUUUCAUCAGACCUUUCAUCAGAGGACAUUUCUCCAAAAAGUACGAUCUUUGUCCCUAUGUGCAGUUGCAAUCCGUAGUCUGUCUUUUUUAUGGCGGUUUUGGAGUAGUGGUUUCUUCCUUGCUGAGCGGCCUUUCAGGUUAUGUCGAUACAGGACUCGUUUUACUGUGGAUAUAGAUACUUUUGUACCUGUUUCCUCCAGCAUCUUCACAAGGUCCUUUGCUGUUGUUCUGGGAUUGAUUUGCACUUUUCGCACCAAAGUACGUUCAUCUCUAGGAGACAGAACGCGUCUCCUUCCUGUGCGGUAUGACAGCGGCAUGGUCCCGUGGUGUUUAUACUUGCGUGCUAUUGUUUGUACAGAUGAACGUGGUACCUUCAGGCGUUUUGGAAAUUGCUCCCAAGGAUGAACCAGACUUACAUUUACAUUUUACUCAUUUAGCAGACACUCUUAUCCAGAGCGACUUACAGUUAGUGAGUGCAUACAUUUUUUCAUACUGGCCCCCCGUGGGAAUCGAACCCACAACCCUGGCGUUGCAAGCGCCAUGCUCUACCAACUGAGCUACACGGGACUUGUGGAGGUCUACACAUUUUUUUCUGAGGUCUUGGCUGAUUUCUUUUGAUUUUCCCAUGAUGUCAAGUAAAGAGGCACUGAGUUUGAAGGUAGGCCUUGAAAUACAUCCACAGGUACACCUCCAAUUGACUCAAAUGAUGUCAAUUAGCCUAUCAGAAGCUUCUAAAGCCAUGACAUCAUUUUCUGGAAUUUUCCAAGCUGUUUAAAGGGACAGUCAACCUAGUGUAUGUAAACUUCUGACCCACUGGAAUUGUGAUACAGUGAAUUAUAAGUGAAAUAAUCUGUGUGUAAACAAUUGUUGGAAAAAUUACUUGUGUCAUGCACAAAGUAGAUGUCCUAACCGACUUGCCAAAAAUAUAGUUUGUUAACAAGACAUUUGUGGAGUGGUUGAAAAACGAGUUUUAAUGACGCCAACCUAAGUGUAUGUAAACUUUCGACUUCAACUGUAGUUGUUCCCGCUGCCCUGCAGAUCUUAGGUAGAAGCGCUGCCAGAUAGUUCACGCCCAUCGGCUCUGACGUCUAUCAGAUCGAGUCCCCGAUACACUCUCCUCUCCUUGGGUGGAGAUAAAAUGCAAGGGCGUUCUCCGGGCAUUUCGAUAGAUAUUUCUCCAGUGGUGCCAUCGGGCAUAGUGGGUUCCCUGGCUGCGCGAACAUGAAUCCCCUCUUGGACUCCCUGCCCCUCUCCCUUGGGUCCAGAUGAUUCCUUGUGGCCUCGUUCUAUGUGAGAGUGGCGUAUCUGAGAGAGAGAAUGCGUUGUUAUAAUAUUGUUUUCCAGUAGCCUAAUUACGAGUGCAACUUAGAAAUAACACAAACAGGCUAUGAACAACAUACUUUAGACCGUUCUCGUCUGUUUUUACGAGGAAUGAGUUGGGCUUUAGUUGUCUGUUCCCCUCUUUUCCUCUUCGACCCAGAUGUAUCUGGAGGUCGAACCGCACUUUCUGGACCAGACCCCUUGGUGUACCGGGAUUCAGAGCCUGGGAGUUUUGGAGCUGGGCCAUGUCCUUAUCGGUGAUGGGAGGGUGGCUGUUUGUGAUAUAUUUUCCUUGCCACUUAGUUGUUUGUUGCCCAGAAAUACAUGAUUCAAGGUGGUAAAUUCAGUAUCCUUCAUAAGGGACCAGCUGCGACCGAUGGGUGCGUCAUUUAGAAACCGGUUGAGCCCACUCCGGAGUGCCAGAUGCUACUUAUACUGUACUGGUCCCCCUUCCCAUUUCGUACAUUUCCAUAAAACUGUCGGAGAAGGAUGUUAAACUAUUCCUUAGUGACAUCUUUGAAGUCAACAACUUUUUUAUUCUCUGCUAGCCAGCCGUCGAAGCACCGCACAGCCCAGUUUGUAUUCUUAACUGUGGUUUUUUCGUUGCGGCUUUUCUCUAGGUCAUUCAAUGCAGUAUCCCCCAAAUCUGCAUGCCUGGGUAUUAUUGCCAUCUCCUUUUCCCACUCAUUCAUAGUCAUGCCGCCGAAAAUAUCAAAAUAAAUGUUCCACUCAUCUAUUUUAGUUUUCGCAACAAAGUAUCAAUUUAGCCAAUCAACUGAAAAUAAGUUUUGUAUGUUGCUAUGACAACCAGCUCAAUUUGCUGUCUGUCUUGUUCGGACACAUUCACUUUAUACGGACACAUUCACUUUAUAUGGGACGGUGGAGAUCGCAAUUCAAUGUUGGAAAGGUCGGAGAGACAGACAGCAAGGUUUAUCAAUUAUCUGCUGUUGAAAACCAAAUGCUAGUCCAAAAUAAAUGGGAGAUAAUGUCUAGAUGCUUUUUAUAGUGGAGAUAAAGUUUAUACAUUUCCUGGCAGGGUUGAUGAGACAGUGGAUUGCGCAGUUAGAAGGAACAGAGUAAAUAGGCAUUUCAACGUCAUAGAUGUAGCGGGUGGUGACUUGUGAAAUAGACACCAGCUGGAAUGCAGUUUUAACCAAUCAGCAUUCAGGAUUAGACCCACCCGUUGUAUAAUUACCACAAUGUUUAGUCAACUGUACAAAGUUUCUACCCGUAGCUUGCAAAGUAAACAGUAUCAGCAAAAAGUAACGUUACAUCGGCAAAAUGCGCCCUUCUGCAGCUUGACAGGCAGAUCCCACAAAGGAUGGGAAAUUAACCUAAACCACUCAUACUUGUCAGGUAUAGUUCACUUUUAAUUUAUGUCACUCAGAUAUCCAAUUAAUGGUGGCCAAUAUUUAGAGAUGUCGUGAGGCUACUCUCACAUAUCUGAAAUUACAUGACCAAUUGAGGUUUACUGAUCAUGAAAAGCAUGCAGUUUCUUGCUGUAUAACUCUGAUGAUAGAGCUAAAUGUGCGCAAUUGUUUUGCAUAGACUAAUCGGACAUUUUGUAGUUCUGACUAUGCUCUUCAAGAGGUGAUGAUAUUAAAACCAAAUAAUUCACUUUUCUUUAACAAUCCCUUGAUAAUGGCACGCAGUUGUCAAUGGUCUCGUUGCCCCCUAGAAGGCCAAUCCAACGCUCUGCACCUUAUUGUGACACUUUAUUGAUAACAACCUAUAUACUGUGUAUGGUGUACACCCACUGGUUUAAAUAGGAAGAAAAAAAUCUAAACCAAGCAGUUGCUUUUACCUGAAGGACUGUAAUAUCAGACAGACCUGGACAGUUCUGCUGUGUUGUAUAGUUAUCUACUGAUACACAAUGAUGGACUAAUUAUAUCCUCUGGGGUGUGUGUAGGGAGCAGAUGCUACAGGUGCUGCUGAGGAUCACUGAGGCGGUGAUGAAGAGGCCUCAGGAGAACCAAAGAAAAGACAUCUUUGCUGAGAGCCUAGCUGCCAUCCUCUUCAGGGUCAGUCAGCCUGGGGAUCGUGUAUCCUCUCUUACUGUUACACAGUUGUUCUGAUACCUCUGUUAGAGGAAGUCCUACUAAGCUACUGGAAAUGGUUGUUGCCCAUGAUGUUAAUAUAAUGUGGAAACGUUACUGUUACAGCUAUAAUGGCUUGUUAGUGUUUUGAUCACAAGCCAAUGAGAACCAGCUGCCUGCCUAUGGUGAUUAAUGAGAUGUUCUGUUUUGUCCUCCUGUCUUUGUGCCUCUGUGCCCCUGUACAUCCUCCCCCAGACGAUCAUUGUGGCGUGGGUACGGGCCAACCUGUGUGUGUUCAUCUCCCGGGAGCUGUGGGACGAGCUUCUGUCUGUGCUGUCGUCUCUGACAGGCUGGGAGGAGCUGGUAACAGAGUGGGCCAGCAUCAUGGAUUCUCUGACCGCAGUCCUGGCCCGCUCUGUCUACGGCCUGGACAUGAGCAACCUGCCCCUGGACAAACUCAGCGAACAGAAGGAGAAGAAACAGAGGGGACGGGGUGAGGAGGCAGGGGGAGCGAGAGGGAUGGAGGCAGGGGGAGCGAGAGGGAUGGAGGCAGGGGGAGCGAGGGGGAGCGAGAGGGAUGGAGGCAGGGGGAGCGAGAGGGAUGGAGGCAGGGGGAGCGAGAGGGAUGGGGGAGCGAGAGGGAUGGAGGCAGGGGUGCGAGAGGGAUGGAGGCAGGGGGAGCGAGAGGGAUGGAGGCAGGGGGAGCGAGAGGGAUGGAGGCAGGGCUCUAAAGUGCAACCCUUUUGGUUGCAUAUUGCGCCUAAAUGUUUUAAUUUGGGAGCACCAGUGUGCCUAGAAAGAAAAUCAGCCGUAUAAUAAUGAUUGUAGUGAUUAGGCAUAGCUGUAUCGCUGUUUAGGAGUUCCGUAGAGAAAAAACGCUGAUUUGUGACCGUGGUGGUUGCACCAUUACUACAGAGAGAGCCACUUGUCUCUAACCCAAACCAUUCAAAAGUUGUGACCCAUAUUAUGGGCGCUAGGUUUUUCCCCCUUCUAUUGCGUGUUGGCGCCGCAGCUGAAUGCAUCUCCAUUGGCGGGCCGUAUUUUGUACAUUCAUAAACCAUGUCGUGGGAAGUUCUAAAACUACUCUAAAACAUAUUGUUCAGUCAUUUUGCCUCAUUAUCUAGCUAGCUAACAACCUGGUAACUUUACCAGUAUAUCCAAACAUUUGGCGACACAGAAAGAAUGGAAAAGGGAUAGCUUAGGAAACCACAAAUUCCUUUGUAAUUUCAAUGACAGGUAUUUGUAUCAACAUUUUAGCUUUUAUAAUAAACAAAUGUCUUUACAGGCUUAUUAGUUUCUAGGGCACAACAUGUGCUUCAAAAGUAGCUAGAAUUCAUAAAGGCCCAAUAAAGGCUGUAUCUCAAUUGAUUGUCUGGUGCUCCUACAUUUUAUGUGGUACCAGAGCUAACAACACAUUUUUUAAAGUGAGAGCCCUGGAUGGAGGGAUUGAUGCAGUGAUAGAGGGGGAUGACUGUGGAAGCCUCAGAGAAUAGAGCAACAAUGGUAGAAGAUUCCGUUUCUCCUUUAGAUUCUGUAUUUAUACUAUUUGCGUGUCUCUGUCUCUCUUGUCUGUGUCUCAGGGGUGAUCCAGGACUCCCAGAAGGCAGCAGCGGUGGCCAGGUCCUUCUCUCUGAGCUGGAGGAACCAGGGAGACCAGCAGGAGCCCAUGAGGUUCCGCAGCGCUACCACCUCAGGGGCCCCCGGAGUGGAGAAGGCCCGCAACAACGUCCGACAGAAAGCCACAGGUGAACACACACACAAGCUACUGUAAUUAAGUCAAAUUUGGCUAGGGCCAAAUGUUGGCCCAAAUACAGAUCUGUUUAAUCUCCGAGUCCCUCUAUGACACUACAGUGUAGACAAGACUCUCCAUAGACUCCACAGUGAGUGUAAAUAAAAGCAGGGCAUGUGUAUGUUAGCCCAGGUGCUGGUGAAAGGCUCAACACUAAGCACAAAGAAACAGCAGAUGGUCUCCAUUGUUCCUGUCAGAUGUCAUUGGCCAAUGUCAACAUGUUUCUGUGUCAGUUCUCCGGCACAUACAAACUCCCCUGGUGACAUGUCGGAGACUGACGUUGUUUCUUCAUUGUUCAGAUACAGUGAACAACAUCCACUUAUCUGAUGGAGAUGUCUCUGUCUAAUGAUCAGUUUAGCUCUCAGGUUAUCUAGAGCGGAGAUGUUGUGCUUUCUCUAAACUAGCUAAUCCCUAACGAAGGAGGAUAAAAGAGUGACCCGCCUCGCUUGUUUCCUCACCAUCCUCCUCUCUCUCUCUCUCUCUCUCUCUCUCUCUCUCUCUCCGUAAUGACUGAUAGCAUCUCUGCUCGCUGAAGAGCUUGUUGAGCCUCGAGCAGAUGUAGUUGGGCCUGAAGGAGGACUCAUAAAAGCUUCCUGUGUGUGUGUGUGUGUGUGUGUGUGUGUGUGUGAGUGCGCGCGUAUAUCUGCAUGCAGACAGAGACUUAACAUGAAACACCACCGCCUCAAAUUCUCCCUUUUCUCUCGUCUAAUUAGAUUUCUCCCACAUUGAUCUUCAAACAUCCCGAUAUCCCUCCUCCUCCUCCACCCCCCUUCUCCUUGAGAGAGGGCCCACACAUCAAUCCGUGGACGUUUUUGAUAGUUUCAUUAAGAGUGUAAUUAAUGCUCAUUAAUAUGCAUAAAACGGGUAACAGUAGCGGUCUGUAGCGGAGACGAUGCUAUCUCCAAAUGAAAGAGAGUAAUUAAAGGUUGGUGUAGGCAGAGAAUAGAAUCCUCCUUCUCUUGCAAUGCUCCUCUCUCCUUUAGAUUAGGCCUGAAGUGCUGUCCAUACACACUACCCCAAUGCCUCAUCUUUAAACUGAAAAUGUGUGUAAUCUCAUUUAUGCCAAUACGUACUUGCCAAUGUUUUUUCUGAUGAGCAUUUCCUACGACAGGGUGUUGAAAUGACUGGGAACUAUAUUGCCCUUAUUGCACUAUUGACGAACUACAGAUGUAGGAUCUUAAUUUGAGGUAGUUUGCUACAGCAGGAAAAUUAUCCUGCAGCAACAUUAAAUGUGAAUUAUUAUGUGGAUUAUAAUAAAUUUACAUUUUUGUAGGGGUUGAUCAAUUUUUCGUAAGGAAAAAUCAAGUCUGAAAUUUCAAAGUGGAAAUUACAAACUUCAGAAACCUUUUUAAACCUCAAUUGCACUACACAUUUAAAAUGUCCUGAAUUGCAGGAAGGUUCUCCUGUAACAGGGUGAUCAAAUUAAUAUCCUACAUCUACUAAUUUAAAACCAGUACCUAUUCUUAUUAUGGAAAUAAUGUACUAUAAUGUAAUAUGUGUGAUACACAUUAAUUGUCACUAAAGCUCUAGUGUCCCAGCCCUAUCCAGUUGCCUUUGCUUUUCUUUUUGGUAGUGUAUUUUAGGAGAUAACAUUACAAAGUUGUGUGUGGAUGGAAAUAAGUUGACUUUACUGUGAUGCACUCAAAGCCAGUUGUAUUUGUCCUCUUCUGUCAUGUGCAUAGAGAACUAAUUAAUCUGAUCUUCAAAUAAAGGCAACUCAUUGCAUAAAUUACGUCUCUCAAAUGUAGACGGAUUUGUUUUUGAUGUUGUUUUUUUUAAUGUUUUUUUUAUUUUUUAAUAAUAUGUAACAACAAAUCUGGUAGAGCAGUGUCUUUGUUUAGAUGAAGAGCCCUCAAGUGUCAAAUUAACAUGAGAACCAGCCUGGGGUUUAGGCUUUAAUAUAUUCUAUUUAUAUUCUCUGUACACUGAAGUCAAUUAGUUAUAUUAGUUCUUAAUUUCCUGUCUCAGUAACUUCACUAUGCCUGUUGUUUCACUCUUAAUGCCUUAUGGCUGAAGUUGGGGGCGCACAAAAGAAACGUUCAAGCAAAUUGAGAUGAAUGACAAUUCAAGUUACAACCGCAGAUCUCAAAUUAGGAUUCAACCCUUAGUGGAUUUUGUCUUCUUUAGUAGUAUUUUUCUUCACUAUUUUUUACAAUUUCAUGCAAAGGGUUAAAUGGAUUUGCCAGUGGUGUCCUUCUGAUAUUCUGCACUAAAUGCUCUUAUUGACUUCUCUCUUCCUCUUCUUUUCCGUCCUGUCAUCGCUCUCUCUCUCUGUGAUGGAAGCUAAGCGAAGCCAGUCUAUCACCAACUGUGUCCAUCUUUACGAGGCUUUGCCCGCUACUAAAAGCGUUCCUAUGCUGCUUCACACUGUGAGCUCUUUCUUGCCUGGUAUCUCCUCCCCUUCCGGUAACUCUUGCUCUCACAGGCUUUCAGGUAAAGUGUUCUGAGAGCUGUCUGUGUGGUGUCCUCCCACCUUCACCCUGUCUGUCUCUUCCGUCUGUCUGUCUGUCACUACUCUCUCUCCCGUCUCCUAUUCUCCUGUCAGUCUCUCACUGUUUUAUUAACACUCACUGAAGUGGAAACCCUUGUUGUUUCUCACAGCUACUUACUGUCGUUUUGGUUUGAAGUGGAUUGAAAGUAAAAAAGGACGAUUGUCUGAAGAAAAUUCUAUACUAAUGAGUUCUAAUGUGUGUUCUAAUGUUUAUAACUAUGUUCCUAUCCCAUCUCAGUAUGUGGCUAAAACAAUGUAACCAUUUUGUCAUUUUAAAGGUGCUACACAUAGGACUUUCUAGAAUUUUUGCUUUGUAAUUUCAGAAAAUGCCCAUAAUAUAUCUGGCACUAAUAGUGGAAUGAUAGUGUUUCUCAGCAUUACUUACCCACCAGUGUUGUGAUUGGCUAAGAUAUUUACCUAUUGGUUUCUCCCGCCAGAGCGUCAUCUGUUGUCAAUCUGGGAAGGCUGUUCUGACUUUGUGGCUGUGACCAAAAGUAUGUGGACACCUGCUGAACAUCUCAUUACAAAAUCAUGGACAUUAAUAUGGAGUUGGUCUCCCUUUUGCUGCUAUAGCAGCCUCCAUUCUUCUGGGAAGGCUUAGCACUAGAUAUUGGAACAUUGCUGCAGGGACUUGCUUCUAUUCACCAACAAGCAUUAAUGAGGUCAGCAAUGAUGUUGGGCGAUUAGGCCUGGCUCGCAGUCAGCGUUCCAAUUCAUCCCAAAGGUGUUCGAUGGGGUUGAGGUCAGGGCUCUGUGCAGGCCAGUCAAGUUCUUCCACACCGAUCUCGACAAACCAUUUCUGUAUGAACCUUGCUUUGUGCAUGGGGGCAUUGUCAUGCUGAAACAGGAAAGGGCCUUCCCCAAACUGUUGCCACAAAGUUGGGAGCACAGAAUUGUUUAGAAUGUCAUUGUAUGCUGUAGCGUUAAGAUUUCCCUUCACUGGAAGUAAGGGGCCUAGCCCGAACCAUGAAAACAGCCCCAGACCAUUAUUCCUCCUCCACCAAACUUCAGUUUGCACUAUGCAUUGGGGCAUGUAACGUUCUCCUGGCAUCCGCCACCCUGACAGAUGGUGAAGCGUGAUUCAUCACUCCAGAGAAUGCAUUUCCACUGCUCCAGAGUCCAAUGGCGGCAAGGUUUACACCACUCCAGCUGACGCUUGGCAUUGCGCAUGGUGAUCUUAGACUUGUGUGCGGCUGCUCUGCCAUGGAACCCAUUUCAUGAAGCUCCCGACGAACAGUUCUUGUGCUGACGUUGCUUCCAUAGACAGUUUGGUACUCGGUAGUGAGUUGGAGGUCAGACGAUUUUUACGCGCUUCAGCACUCGGCUGUCCCGUUCCGUGAGCUUGUGUGGCCUACCACUUCGCAGCUGAGCCGUUGUUGCUCCUAGACGUUUCCACUUCACAAUAACAGUACUUACAGGUGACUGGGGCAGCUCUAGCAGGGCAUAAAUUUGACUAACUGACUUGUUGGAAAGGUGGCAUCCUAUGACGGUGCCACGUUGAAUGUCACGGAGCUCUUCAGUAAGGCCAUUCUACUGCCAAUGUUUGUCUAUAGAGAUUUCAGGCUGUGUGCUCGUUAUUAUACACAUGUCAGCAACGGGUGUGGCUAAAAUAGCCGAAUCCACUAAUUUGAAGGGGUGUCCACAUACUUUUGUAUCUAGUGUAGCGGAAAUAGCUAAUUUCCUGGUUGCUAAAAUUCUACUGUUCGCUCAAUUUUAGUUACUGUGAGAAAACAAGCACUGAAUAGUGUAGGGAAUCAUUGUACCAUCUAAACGGCUGUGAAAUAUAUUUUAAAUAACAAAAAAUAUAAUUAUUUCUGCAUUUUGAAGCUGGUGGACCAAAACCAAAAGUAACGGCUGUAAAAACAAUAUUUCACAGCGAUUUCGAUGGUGCAAUGAUUCCCUACACUAUUCAGGGCUUGUUUUCUCACAGUAACUGAAAUUGAGUGAACAGUGUAGAAUUUUAGCAACCAGGAAAUGACAGAGCGAUCUCCACUAGAUAACAUAGCCACUAGAUAACACAGAUGCCGCCCUGUUGGGAGAAAUCAAUAGCCGAAUAUCACAGCCAAUCACAACACUGGCGGGUAAGAAAUACUGUGAAACACUAUCAUGCCACUAUUAGCGGCAGAUAUACUAUAGACAUUUUCUGAAAUUGCAAUGCAAAAAUUCAAGAAAAUCCUAUGUGUAGCACCUUUAAGUUGCCAGAAUGCUGUGUGGUAGAGCAUGAUCAUGUGUAGUGUGCUGUAUAUGAGAUGAGUCUUGCCUGAUGCAUUGCUCUAACUCUCUGUCUUCUCCUCCCUGGUGGUGGUGCUCAGACGUGGAGGAGGGCCAGCUGUCAGAGUGUGGGGGAGAUGGGGAGCUGGAGACUGGAGACAGCCCUCUACCACGCAGCAGCAGCACCUCUGACAUCACACAGCAACUGGCUGACACCUUCCCAGGUAGGGAUACACCAAUGAGUGAGCGAACACACAGUAUGAGGGCAUGUUCUAACAGGCCAUUUUUGCUGCCCUCUAGUGGAGGUAUCUAUACUGCUGCUAACAAUGUGUCCAUCCAUACAGUGAUUGAUGUGCUUUAAAGCCUGCAGGCUACAGCAGUGGUUCCCAACCAGGGGUACUAGUUAUCUGGGAGUACUUGGCCUAUCCACGUUGGAUAUUUGAGAAGACUCAUGAGACCAUGGGCCUACUGGUAAAAUGCAAAUGAGGGGGUAUUUCUGGGGUACUCCGGGCUGAGCAAAAUUCAGUUGGUGGUACAGUAAUUGAAAAAGGUUGGGAACCACUGGUCUACAACUCCUAAUUCUGAUCAUGCAUCUAGAGGUGUAGGGAUGCGACUAGAACAGUAUUUAUGAGCAGACUGGCUGUCUGCUUUCUGCUGUGUGUGUGCAUCCAGUGUGAUUAACAGUCACUGUGACCUCCAGGCCACAAGAGAGAGUACUCCCCCAACAACUCCUGUGGCUCCGAUGGCAGGGCAUCGGAAGCGAGGACAGACAGCGACCCACCAGUGGUGAGAAUCACACACCCGAUGCAAAAUCUACGACCUUCUUACUUUGUUUGGUUAUUUCAGCAGGGCAUCUGUUGCAGUCUGAAAGAGGCAUCUCUGAAACACCCACUGAUGACUUCUCCCUCUGUGCUCCCAGAUUCUGAUCAGGCGUAGCAGCAGUCCUGCUGAGCUGGACUACUCUGUAGAGGGACACAACACCUACGCAAGGCCCAAGCUCCAGGAGAAAAGUGUGAGUGUGAGCAGCGAGACGUCCAACGGCUACUUGAACGACGCUGACGGCAGCCUGCUGGCCUGGCAGGCUUUUGAGGAGGAGGCAGACACCCAGUCAGCCCAGAUAGACGUCACAGCAGACACCGGGAGCCAGAGGAACCUUCUGCUCAGCCGCAAUGAGGCCCUUGCAGGUACUGGACUGGACUGGACUGGUUGGUUUGAGGGGGGGGGGGGGGGGGGGGGUCUGCGUAAGGUUUCUGGGGGGGUUGAUGCUGGUGAACGAGGCUUGGAGGGGAUUGGUUUAAAUGGGGUAAAUAUUGUAGCAUAUGGCCUUCAGGUUCACUAAAUGUGUAUUCUGUGGGAUUUGUCAGGUUCACCUGAAGUGUGUUUGUCCGUGGGUCGUGAUGGGAUUUAUCUCAGAGCAGCCUGACCUUUCAGAGGAUUAGCAUAGCCUUCAUAGCCAGUACUGCUCUACAGUAUCUUCUUCCUCUGCCUGCUGUCCCUCACCUUGGCCUCUGAAGCUCUGUAAAGAGAACGCUCCCUCUCUCCACCUCUAUCUAGCCUUGGACGUGUUCCGGUUUUACCACCUGCUCAGGGGUCUUUAUUCAGCGGGCAGCUGGGCCCUUUUGUUUAUUUAGCUGUGUUUGGUAUUAGGUUAACACCUCAUGGCUAUUGAGGGAGGGAACAUAAAGAUGGAAUGGUUACCACUGUUACAUGUUUACUGGGCAACGUUAGGUGAGAGUCUCCUUGCUAUUUAGAAAUGUUAGGUACGUCUACGGAUAGUAUCUCAAAAUAUUAUUGUGGUUCAGCGGGCCGAUGCUCCCCUUUAGCGUAGGUGAAUAUUUGGGAAAAACAGCUAUGGCUAAUAGCUGUCAAUUCUUGUCAAAUGAAAGAAUACCUCAGCUGUAACCCCUGACCCUUAGCGUAACCCCUGACCCUUAGUGUAACCCCUGACCCGACACCAUCCCCACCUCGUCUGUGCUGUCUGUACUCUUACAUUUAUUCAUUGUGAAUUCACUGUCCUCUGUCAUCUUGUCCCUGUGCUCUGUCAAGCUCCACUGUCUUCUGGUUGUCCCCUUGUCUUGUUUUAGGUCCUGAGUGUGUCCUCUCUCCCCACUCCGCACCCCUGUCCCACCACCAGCAGCACCCCCCUGCCUCGCCAGCUUUGCUCGUGCACACUGAGUGCCGGGACUGCCCCCAUCUCCUGGAGGACAGCAUGCAUCAGUCUGUGUUACACAUGCCUCAGGACCUGGGUACUGCUACUGCCCCUAAACACCCCCUUUUUAGCCUGCCUUGCCCACCACCCUCUGUGUUAAUCUUAUACCCAACCCACCCACACCCCCAUCACAUAUGUGUUCAGCUGUGUGUGACUCUGGUGACUGGGCAAAAUUAAUCUGUGUUGAAUCACCUCAGUGUCCGGGGUGUGGACAGGCCUAGAGUUCUAGUGUUAUACUAUAGAGUUUUAUACAGUAGUAAAUCAGUGUUCUCUCUCUCUCUGUCUCUGUCUCUCUCUCUCUCUCUCUCUGUCUCUCUCUCUCUCUGUCUCUCUCUCUCUCUCUCUGUCUCUCUGUCUCUCUGUCUCUCUGUCUCUCUGUCUCUCUGUCUCUCUGUCUCUCUGUCUCUCUCUCUCUCUCUCUCUCUCUCGCUGUCUCUGUCUGUCUCUCUCUCUCUCUCUCUCUGCUUUAUCUGGUCUUGCAGACAGCAGUGAGUGUCUGACUGAUGAUGUCAGCAUCAUCGCAGGCGGGAGCCUGACAGGCUGGCACGCUGACUCCGCGUUUGUGCUCUGGAGGAGGAUUCUGGGUAUCCUGGGGGACGUCAACAGCAUCCGCUGCCCCAGGAUCCACGCCAAGGUGUUCAGUUACCUCUACGACUUGUGGCACAAACUUGCUAAGGUAAGCACUGCCCAGCCUCCAAACACUCUUAUAAGCUCUGAUGACAUGUCAUGUACAGUAAGUUUGUCUCAGUCAAUAUUUUGUUCUGUAGAUUUUCAGUCUGGAUAAUGCAGUAAUGCACUAAUUGCAGAUCCGGGAUAACCUGGGCAUCAGUGUGGAUAACCAGUCGUCUCCUCCCCGACCUGUCUUCAUCCCUCCUCUCAGAAUGCUGGCCUCCUGGCUCUUCAAGGUGAUUCAGAGGUCCACUGACUCUACCCACAUCAAAGCCAUGCGUGUGACUAUAACUGUGUGACCCGGUCUCUCUCCCUUCUACCUCUCUCCUUCACUCCCUUUCUCUCCCUCUGUCCUCCUCUUACUUUUCCCCCAGGCCACCAUGCUGCCAGCAGAGUUCAAGGCGGGUAAGCUGCAGGCUUAUAAACUCAUCUGUGAGAUGAUGACCAGGAACCAGGACGUGCUGCCCAACAGUGACUUCCUGGUCCAUCUCUACCAAGUCAUGCACAAGGGCUUCACCAGCGAGGACCAGGUCAUUUUUGUGUUAUUCUAAGCAGGUUUUAAAGAUUUAGUAGGAGUGGUUCAUGUGAGACAGGUAAUGCCAAGAGGAAGCCUGACGAAGAUCCACAGUGGUCGAAACAUUGCCUCUAAAACUCGGAGGCACCUAAACUGUGCUGUCAUUCUCCUGUUUUCAUGUGCUAUUCUAUGUACCCUGUAUCUGUGGAAACGACUUGAUGUAGAUUCCAGUAACUAAGGCCAGAAGAGGGAGCCACUGUCAAACACAAGAGAAUGGGACUGCUCUUGUAGCCACCUGCCAAUAAACUACAGUUUGGAUCUGUUGAAUUGUGGCUGUACUUCCACUCAUAACCACUAGAUGGGGCUAUAAUCAAAGGAAUCUUAGCUUUGUUGCAUUGUCCUCUCGAUAGAGGAGUAGGAUGAUGAGAUGCAUGGUUGCGGGUACAUAGCACAUGCUUAUUGUCAUGUCUUGUCAUGUGUUGACAUAUGUCCUGCUGAUGAUGACAUUGCUUAUGCUUAACCUUUACCCUUCUAACUUAAUCUGGACUGACUGAGGUAAAUGUGAAGAUAGUUGAUGAAGCUGGUGAAGUAUUAUAUUGCGCGUAGGUAAGGUUCACCUGGGUUCACAUCGGUGUAAUUAAGUGUUCUCUAGGCCUCUACUCAGCUCUCAGCUGGAUCUCUCCAGACCUGUCUCUCUGUCUCCUCGGGAGGACAGCCAACCGGUGGUGAUGGUACACUGUUUUGGCAUGUUGUCUCCUCUCAAUUCAGCAUGGUUCUCCUCUAGCUAGCCACACCCUGCCUAGCUGGCUGGCUGGCUGCUCAGCACAUUUGACGGAGCUCCAGUCCCCCCCCCCAAAACAAAGACAGAGAGGGAGAGAGAGAAAGAGAUUGAUGAGGAAAGGGGGGAACACUGUGAAUAAAUUAGUUUGUUUUGUGUGUGUGUAUGCUCUGCCCACAGGUUUAUAUUGCGCUUUGGCAGAGCGACAAGCUUAUUAGAAUGUUUUCCAUGUCGUUAAAUAAUGUUUGAGCCCCUGCCGUGUAUACGUGAUUAAUUAAGGAUUGAUGUCUGUCGUGCUCCGUUAGAGUGACACGUUGGCUGGGGCUAAAGAGGACGGGAGGGGGAGACUGGGGAGGAGAGGGGGGUCCCGGAGAAUGCGCUGUGGGGAAAUGAAGGGGCCGGCGCAGAGGGACAGCGUGGUAUUCUCCAGCUUUUGUUGUGCCUAAAUAUAAGAUGGGGCCAGGCCGCCAGUGCUGAGCUGGCUGGGCGCUGGAGCGUGCUCAAAUUGGCCGGAGAAAGAGUCCUCACGCCACACAAUGGAGGGACAGCCCAGCCGCACGCCUGCUUUACAUAAGAAAGUGCCUCUUACUCCAUCCCACUCCCCCUCCCUCUAUCCCAGGGGUGUUACACUAAUUUAGGUUAUUUCCUUGCUGUCAAAAUUUGCUGAAGAUAGUCCUCUAUCCAUCGCUUUUGGAGUUUUCAAUACUCCCUGUCGUCCCUGACUGUUUAUAAUUAUUAGCCAGCUGGACACAGUCAAGACAGGGUAUAAAUGUAGGUCCAUUAUCAUUUCUACACAGUUUUGAUUUGGUUUUAGUCAUUUUAAAGUAUAUUGAGUACUUACAAAAAUACUCAAACCACCCGCGAGCCAGAUUGGACACUUCCUGUAUGUGUUGUACGUUUGGCAGCCCUGCUCUAUCCCCUCUAUCCACCCUCCCUACAGUAUCCCUUCCAAAUCUAAUGUUCUUCUCUCUUUAGUCUACUCUGUCCCACUCGCAUGCUCCGUAUUUAUUUCUCCCCAUUUCUUUGUGUUUCUAAUAGGCUGUCUAGUACUUUUUAAAAACUCAUAUUGUAUGAUUUUUAAGCACUGCACAUGUUUGCAAAUAUAACGUGGCAGCGUGUUUCACUGAAAGGGAGGGGGUAUGAAGGAGUGUACAUCGAGACACGAGACAGUUGGUAUGGCCUUGGGCCAAUGGUAGUAAUCUAUUUUAUAAGUGUGCACAUCAGCCUACUGUGAAGGGUUGUUGCUUGUGCAUCAAAAUGGGCCUUCUAGGGCUGUGUGUUGGUGUGCUGGGUGUGAGCCAGUCAGUAAACAUCUCUCUCACACCUGCUCUCCCUAUGCACAGCCAUGGGCUUCUUUAUUCACCUCAAUUUAUCAGUGAAGAGAAAACUGGGAUUAUUUAAUCUGUGUAACGGAUGCCUGUGGAGAGGGAGGGAAAAUGUGACGGUUGAGUUCUGUUGCGGUUCAAAUCCCAGCGGCUUAGUAUUGAUUUUCAAAAGGACCUCUACACCUUGACACAUUAACAGGAGGGGUCUAUCUAUUAGCCUGGACUGGGAAAAUCCUAUUUUUCACACACUUUCUGUGAUAAGAACUUAUAGUAAUGCCAUGAUUUCAGUCUUAUGCAAUAAUGACCAGUAAAUUGUAUUCACACCCCUUGACUUUUUCCACAUUUUGUUAUUUUACAAAGUGGGAUUAAAAUUGAUUUAAAUGUCAUUUUUUGUCAUCGAUCUACACAAAAUACUAUGUCAAAGUGGAAGAAAAAUUCUAACAUUUGUAAAACAUUUAUAAAAAAUAAAACUCUAAUACAGUGCCUUAUUCCACAUUUUGUUCUUACAGCCUGAAUUGAAAAUUUAUAAAAAAUAAAUAAAUAAUUGAAACCAUCUACACACAAUACCUCAUACAGUGAGGGAAAAAAGUAUUUUGAUCCCCUGAUGAUUUUGUACGUUUGCCCACUGACAAAGACAUGAUCGGUCUAUAAUUUUAAUGGUAGGUUUAUUUGAACAGUGAGAGACAGAAUAACAACAAAAAAAUCCAUAAAAACGCAUGUCAAAAAUGUUAUAAAUUGAUUUGCAUUUUAAUGAGGGAAAUAAGUAUUUGACCCCUCUACAAAACAUGACUUAGUACUUGGUGGCAAGACCCUUGUUGGCAAUCACAGUGGUCAGACGUUUCUUGUAGUUGGCCACCAGGUUUGCACACAUCUCAGGAGGGAUUUUGUUCCACUCCUCUUUGCAGAUCUUCUCCAAGUCAUUAAGGUUUCGAGGCUGAUGUUUGGCAACUCGAACCUUCAGCUCCCUCCACAGAUUUUCUAUGGGAUUAAGGUCUGGAGACUGGCUAGGCCACUCCAGGACCUUAAUGUGCUUCUUCUUGAGCCACUCCUUUGUUGCCUUGGCCGUGUGUUUUGGGUCAUUGUCAUGCUGGAAUACCCAUCCACGACCCAUUUUCAAUGCCCUGGCUGAGGGAAGGAGGUUCUCACCCAAGAUUUGACGGUACAUGGCCCCGUCCAUCGUCACUUUGAUGCGGUGAAGUUGUCCUGUCCCCUUAGCAGAAAAACACCCCCAAAGCAUAAUGUUUCCACCUCCAUGUUUGACGGUGGGGUUGGUGGUGUUGGGGUCAUAGGCAGCAUUCCUCCUCCUCCAAACACGGCGAGUUGAGUUGAUAACAAAGAGCUCGAUUUUGGUCUCAUCUGACCACAACACUUUCACCCAGUUCUCCUCUGAAUCAUUCAGAUGUUCAUUGGCAAACUUCAGACGGCCCUGUAUAUGUGCUUUCUUGAGUAGGGGGACCUUGCGGGCACUGCAGGAUUUCAGUCCUUCACGGCAUAGUGUGUUACCAAUUGUUUUCUUGGCGACUAUGGUCCCAGCUGCCUUGAGAUCAUUGACAAGAUCCUCCCGUGUAGUUCUGGGCUGAUUCCUCACCGUUCUCAUGAUCAUUGCAACUCCAUGAGGUGAGAUCUUGCAUGGAGCCCCAGGCCGAGGGAGAUUGACAGUUAUUUUGUGUUUCUUCCAUUUGCGAAUAAUCGCACCAACUGUUGUCACCUUCUCACCAAGCUGCUUGGCGAUGGUCUUGUAGCCCAUUCCAGCCUUGUGUAGGUCUACAAUCUUGUCCCUGACAUCCUUGGAGAGCUCUUUGGUCUUGGCCGUGGUGGAGAGUUUGGAAUCUGAUUGAUUGAUUGCUUCUGUGGACAGGUGUCUUUUAUACAGGUAACAAACUGAGAUUAGGAGCACUCCCUUUAAGAGUGUGCUCCUAAUCUCAGCUCGUUACCUGUAUAAAAGACACCUGUGAGCCAGAAAUCUUUCUGAUUGAGAGGGGGUCAAAUACUUAUUUCCCUCAUUAAAAUGCAAAUCAAUUUAUAACAUUUUUGACAUGCGUUUUUCUGGAUUUUUUUGUUGUUAUUCUGUCUCUCACGGUUCAAAUAAACCUACCAUUAAAAUUAUAGACUGAUCAUUUCUUUGUCAGUGGGCAAACGUACAAAAUCAGCAGGGGAUCAAAUACUUUUUUCCCUCACUGUUUUUCUUUUGUGGUAAUUUGUUGAAAAUUAAAUUCGGAAUUAUCUAAUUUACAUAAGUAUUCGCACCCCUGAGUCAAUACUUUGUAGAAGCAUCUUUGGCAGCAAUUACAGCUGUGAGUCUUUCUGGGUAAGUCUCUAAGAGCUUUCCACACCUGGAUUGUGCAACAUUUGCCCGUUUUAUUAUUUUCAAAAAUCUUCAAGCUCUGUCAAAUUGGUUGUUGAUCAUUGCUAGACAACCAUUUUCAGGUCUUGCCUUAGAUUUUCAAGCAGAUUUAAAUCAAAACUGUAAUUUGACUACUCAGGAACAUUCACUGUAUUCUUGGUAAACAACUCCAGUGUAGAUAUGGCCUUGUGUUUUAGGUUAUUGUUCUGCUGAAAGGUUCAUUCAUCUCCCAGUGUCUGUUGGAAAGCAGACUGAACCAGGUUUUCCUGUAGGAUUUUACCUGUGCUUAACUCCAUUUUAUUUCUUUUUUUAUCCUGAAAAACUCCCCAGCCCUUAACGAUUACAAGCCUACCCAUAACAUGAUGCAGCCACCACUAUGCUUGAAAAUAUGGAGAGUGGUACUCGGUAAUGUGUUGUAUUGGAUUUUCCCCAAACAUAACACUUUGUAUUCAGGACAAAAAGUGAAUUGCUUUGCCACAUUGUUUGCGGUAUUACUUUAGUGCCUUGUUGCAAACAGGAUGCAUGUUUUGGAAUAUUUUUAUUCUCUACAGGCUUCCUUCUUUUCACUCUGUUAUUUAGGUUAGUAUUGUGGAGUAACGACAAUGUUGUUGAUCCAUCCUCAGUUUUCUCCUAUCACAGCCAUUAAACUCUGUAGCUGUUUUAAAGUCACCAUUGGCCUCAUGGUGAAAUCCCUGAACGGUUUCUUUCAUCUACCAAUAGGUGCCCUUCUUUGCGAGGCAUUGGAAAACCUCCUUGGUCUUUGUAGUUUAACCUGUGUUUGAAAUUCACUGCUCGACUGAGGGACCUUACAGUGUGGGGUACAGAGAUGAGGUAGUCAUUCAAAAAUCAUGUUAAAGCUGCAAUAUGUUAUUUUUUGGGCUACCUGACCAAAUUCACAUAGAAAUGUGAGGUGGAGAUCUGUCAUUCUCAUUGACAGCAAGUCUAAGAAUCGGUAGAUCUGUUUGUGCGCCAUUUCUAUGCUUCCUGUUCUUAAGUUUCGUUUUUGCAUCUUACUUUCGGUUUUGUACAUCAGCUUCAAACAGCUGGAAAUACAAUAUUUUUGGUUAUUGAAAAUAUAUUUCAGAGCAGUUUAGAUGGUAAAAUGAUUCUCUACACUGCUUGCUUGUUUGUCACAAACUUAAAUUAGGCGAACUAUUUGAAUUUUAGCAACCAGGAAAUGGCUGAGCGAUUUCUGCAUAUUGCACCUGUUAUAUGGAGAGUGGUACUCAAUAAUGUGUUGUAUUGGAUUUUCAAAUGCAAUAUGCAGAAAGUAUUGUUAUAAGUAUUCAACAAAGGGGUUGAAGACUUGACUCAAGACAUUUCAGCGUGAAUUUUUGUAUUCAUUUGUAAAAACAUAAUUCCACUUUGGCAUUAUGGGGUAUUGUGUGUAGUAGGCCAGUGACAAAAAGGUCUAAAUUUAAUCAAUUUUAAAUUCAGGCUGUAACACAACAAAGUGGAAAAAGUCAAGGCACUGUGAAGACUGAGGCUCAUUUCCUGUGUGUAGUGUGCCUUCAAACACGGCAGAAUGAAAGGGUUAAGAAGCCUCCUGUCAGGGUUGUGUUAAUGCACCUUUUGUUGAGUAGAGCAGAGCAGGCCAAUCCAACUGCCAACCCUCAGCCCCACCACACAGGACCAAUUCCCAUCUCUACUACCACACAUUCAUUUCACAACCAGCUCCCUCUACUUACAGGCGCAAUGGAAAUGCUUUGUAGGUUUGUUGCUUGCCUUAAAAUGCUCAUUUCAGGCAAUCAGCCGACAGUUUGUUGGCAGCUAAUUACCACAGACUGUUCUCCACAUUACGCCUCUCAGAGGUCAAUUACGGCAGAAAUGACGGUAAAAUGGGCCUCAAAGCCCUAAUGCUCCAAACCAAUUUUCGGCUUCUGUCGGCACUGUGUAUGUUUUGACUUGUUCCUUAUUGCCUGCGUGUUUUUCUAUUCCUCUUUUGUUUCCCCGCUCUGUGUUUACAAAGGCUUCAUUUGAGGUGAUUUAAUGUAGCUGGUGGGUGGGUUGGGAGGGGUAGAGCAGAGCGGGGGUGGAGGUGUGCGGAGUGUGUCGGGUGUUUGUUGAGGUGCACUGGGGUUUAGGGCUCGGGGAGACACGGCCACUGUUUGAACGACCUGAUUUACACACAUUUACAGCUACCCAGAAGGCAGGUGUUCCCUGCCUGGACCUUGUCUGUGUACACACACACUGGCUUAGCAAAGAUAAGCGGGCAAACCAGUCUCCCCUUUAUGUAGGCCUUUUACAUUCUUAUCUCAUAAAGAAUUUCAGUUCACUCCUGACAUUUUAAGGCAACAUGACUGUACUUUUACUAGCCAUCAGGGUAAUAAGAUGGUCGUCGAUCCAUUGUUGUUAUGGAGCUGUAUUAUCUGCCCACGUAUAGAGAAAUCACUCUUUAAUACAGCUUAUGUCAACACCCAUCUGGCACAGAGAGAUCACUGUGCACCUGAACAAUACCUUAUCCCUGGCUUUAAUUACGUGUUUGUGUGUGUGUGUGUGGAAAGUUGCAGGUCUUUUGUUCCACCAUUCCGCCUCCCUUGUGCUGUGAUCAACCCAUCUGCUGCCUCUUUCUCCUGUUCCCCUCUUUUCUUCCAUCCCUCGUUCAAACUCUCAUUUUUGGGUUUUGUAAAAGAUGGACUGUGAAAUUCUGUGCUAUCCUGAGUGCACUGUUGUCAUAUUUGUACCAAUUUGGGAAGGACUACUAUGCAAUCAUUCCUUUCCUGAGCUCAGUGUCUGUCCAUUCCCCAAAAUAAACUAACUCAGAAAUACAUACAACCUGCUUACAAAAUAUGUGUAUUUUAAUGAUCGUUCAAUCAAUCCAUUGACCUGACCACCAUUACCAUCUGUGUGGUGUUUGAUCCCUCCCAGGACGUUCUGAACACAGUCAUCCGUUCCUGUUCCCCGCGCUUCUUCUUCCUGGGCCUGCCGGGCUUCACCUUGCUGGUGGGGGACUUCAUCACCGCUGCAGCACGCAUCCUCAGCAACGACUCCUCCGAGGUACACAGUAUGGCAAGUCUUACAUUGCAUUAGCUACAACUGAAUUAUAAUGCAUUAUAUCAGUUGGCUAAUGGAAAUAUUAAAAAGCAAUAUUUGAUGUAAUAACAUUUAGGGUCAUUAUACAUAUUCUGCUAAACUUCAUUCUGAAGUUCAGAUUAGAGUGUGUUGAAUGUACUGCGGUGAAUUCAACUCAAGGCCAUAAUGCCGCAGCUCUUGGACGAUUUUCCUGGAAUCGUAAUGUUUCAUGUUCUGUAGCGAUGAGAUGACGAAUGUGUGUUAUUUUCCUCUGAAAGGCUCCGAGGAUAGAAGCACAGACUGUCCUUGGGUCGCUGGUCUGUUUUCCCAACCUCUACCUGCAGAUUCCACUACUGCAGACCAUUCCCGGAACUGAUGACAUCGUUGUCCGGAACGAGGACAUCAAGGUAUUAAGAGUUCUUCCAUGUCCUUUGACCUUUUUAGUAAAUACUCAGACAGCAAACACAUUUUUAAAAAUGGUAUAGCAGUUCCCUGUAGUUACAAUUGAUGUAUUUUGAUGAAUAAGAUGGAACGUUUGGAUGGUAAUGAAGUGGAUUGGUCAUCAUCAUGUCUUCUCUCUGCCCUCUCCCUUCAGGACUAUCUGGUCAACAUCUUACUGAAGUCUGCACGGAAUGAACCCUGUGAAGCGGCCAGGUAUAGAAGGGAUAGGGGUGCGGAAGAAUGGUGGUUGUGAAGCAAUGGGACUGAUUAUAUUGAGUGGAUUAAGGUUCAUAUUUCAGAUAAAUAGUAUAUUGAAAUAAAAUAUUUGAUGAAUAUGUGUAAUGUAAGAAGAACAUUAUAGAGGGGUAGUGAAACUUAACAGAGAUACAACAAGAGUGAGUAAUUGGUCCCGUAGCGUAUAUCAGUAUUCUCACUGGUCUACUGUGUCUUUUAGGUGUAUGGCUGUAUGUAGUCUGGGCCUGUGGGUAUGCGAGGAGCUAAUGCAGCAGAAUAUUCACCACCAGGUCGAGGAUGCCAUCAAUGUUCUGGGUGUAACACUAAAGGUGAGUGUGUUCAUCAGCGUCUGUGAGUGCCAACGUGCUCAGUGGUGUGACUCAAACAGAUUUUUGAAGACCUCUGCUCCCCUGUCUAUCAGUGAAUAGAUGCAGAGAGAACCAGUUCUUUCUGAGGGUUUUGGGGAACGAGCUCGAGGGCUGUGGUGUAAUUUCCAGGCCACUCGCUCUCAGUGGAUGCAGUCCAAUUUAAGCAACCACAUCUCACCUCUAGUUUCCUACUAGUGCAGUCCUUCCCUCUAAUGGAGCAGUAAUCACUCCCCAGUCCAACUUGACACACACACUCAGCCGGCCCAAAAUAAAGGGGAUGUGGAGGCGAGGGAGGGAGGGAGGGGUGCUUUUCUAAAAGCAGGUGCUAAACUCUCAGGGUCUCUUUUUGUGUUGGGCCAUUUCUGCAUUGUCUGCCCUUGUUACAUGUCAAGAGGCAUUCAGCCAGAAAACAGGGGAAAUUCUAUUUCUGUGCCCUGAAUUCCAAAUCACAAUUUUCAGCUGUCUGCCAAUCCGUCCAUUAAUGAACUGUAGUUUGAAAGAAAGGUCUUUGCAGAACCAAGACAUUUUCAUACCUUUUUCUGUUGUGCCAGAGGUCCCCAUCCUGGUAUUGUACAACUACUCAUCCUACGACUUCCCAGAGUUUUUAACCCGGAUAUCUUGUUCUCGUGUCCCCUCUCUGGUCAGUUUGGGAACAAAACUGUGGCUCAGGUAGCCUGUGACCUGUUUCAGCUCCUCAUCUCUCACUGGGAACACCUCCAGAGGCUAGAGCGCUCUCUCCCAAAGAAAAUCAUUGAGGUAGGAUGCCACAGCUCCCCCGCACCUUGCUAAUAUGAGACAUGCUAUCCACUAUCACUUGCGAAAUACAUGUCGUCAAAGUAUCCCUAUCUUUUUGUGCCAUGCAGAUCUUUGUGGCCACUAUAGCAUUUCUGUUGCCGAGCGCAGAGCACUCGACGGUGGAGGCUGACAAAAAGGUAUAGGAAAUUGAAAGGGCAUAAAAUGGCUGAAGUCUGAAGGACCCUUUCUUCAUAGAUGUAGCGAGUGCAUUUGCACAGGAAUCUUGUUCUAUCUGGACCAUAAUCUGGGUCCUCCCCUAUCCUUCUCUCUCUCUCCCAAUCCAGCUCUUCUCCUCUCACCCCAGCGCUCUCGCUCUCUCCCUCACCCUCUCUCUCUCUCUGCCCUCCAGCUCUCUCUCUCUCUCUCUCUCCUUCUCUCUCUCAUCUCUCUCUCCUCUCUCCUCUCUCCUCAUCUCUCCUCCUCUCGUCUCUCUCUCUCCAUCCGCUCUCCUCUCUCUCUCUCUCUCUCUCUCUCUCUCAAGCUCUCUCUCCUUCUGCUCGUCUCCUCUCGUCUCUCGGCCUCUCUCUCUAUCUCUCUCCGAGCUCUCUCUCUUCUCUCGCAUCAUCAUCUCCCUCACUCUCUCUCUCUCUCUCUCCCUCUCGCUCUCUCUCCCUCCAGCUCUCUCUCUUUCUCCCUCCAGCCCUCACUCUCUCACCCUCUCACUUUCAGUCCAUCCCUCGCUCUCUCCCUCCCUAAUUACCUCUCUCCAUUGCUCAUCUCCUCCCUAGCUGCUUUACUAAUUAUCUUUGUCCGCAGUAGGCUUCAUUGUGUGUGUGGAGGGCACUGGGCUAAUGGAAAAGCCUCUCCUCUAUUUGUGUGACUCAGCUAAUGGUGUCUUUGCUGCUGUGCCUGCUGGACUGGUGUAUGGCCAUGCCCCUGAGCAUGCUGCUGGAGCCCAUCACAAUGCCCGUGCUGGAGGACCCCACAUCCCACAAGGCCCCUCUGCUCGACUACAUCUACAGGGUGGGUAACAGAAAAGAAUAGUGUCAUAGUACUUUGUCUUACCCACACCACAGACCUCUUCAGAAGCCCUAUUUUGCAUUUAAAGUGUUCUAUGACACCUUGGAAAUUAAUUUUCAAAUUUUGGUUUCCAGUUUCUACUGUUAUGUGAGAAUAUCCACCAAACCACCCCACCUGUUUGGUAAUACACAUGUGAUACACAGAAACAUUGAUUUAUAACAGGGAAGUAUUUUAGGUUACUUUGUUCUUGCCUUUUUAUUUUUCCCGAUUGGGUGUUUGAACCCUUAUUUAGCGAUUAAACGCAGAGGAGAGGCUGAGCAUCAGUCUAAAUGAAUGAGGUAUUAUUCAGUGGAGGUUUGACAGAUGCGGUCAAAGACAAACCUUUAUAUGGAUGUCACCCCUGAUAAGAAAUGGUCAAAUUAUUUAAAUAUGUCUUUGUCCUUGUGAUAAGCCUGGAUUUUAAAGCCUGUCUAGAUUUGAAUUGAAUAUAUCUUAAUAUGGGAGAGACUGCAGCUGCUAUGUAGGAAAUAAAUAAAUGUCAUUGGUUCUAUUGUGCACAUAAAAGUAAACUGUCACUUAAUUUCAUCAUAGGUAAAUCAGUGUAACACUGAUCUUAGUGAAAUGCUUGUCCUCUUGUUUUCAGAUAUAUAAUGUGAGGAGUAACAUAUUUGGACAACAUUAAUGUAAUAAAACCAGAAAAAUAUCACGCACACACAAAAUGCACUUCUACUGGUCUCCCAUACCAAAUUAUUUUCAAAACUGUACUCCCCAAAGAAACACUUUAUAUAAAUAUUUAAUUCUCAGUCUUUUCAGCUAGGCACUCAUUUACAUACCAGUAAACCUCACAAAAUGAAUAAAGCGAUUUGUCUAGUUUAUGCAUCUCUUUUGAAUUUGUUAUAGUAACUAUUUAGUUGUUUCUUAUACCAAAUCCUCAAUGAACAGAUUCAACUUAAAAGUGACCCUUUUCAUAUGCUGAUGAAUAAAGAUGGGAGAUUUCUGCACCUCUGCUGAGGGUUUGAGCUUGGUAUUUGUUGUAUUUGUGUCUAACAGCAUGAGGCUGGUCUGUGCAAAAGGCAUGAUUGCUCUGGACCUCCAUGCCGUGUCCUCCAUCUGCUCUCUGCCUGCCUCAGCAGCUGCACCCUCGCUGUGUGUGUGUGUGUGUAUGUUUCCUUGUGUGCAUGUUUUUGUGUGUCCAUGAGUGAGUGUGCAUAUGUGUCUACACGUAUCCAUGUUUGUUACCUUCCUGGAACUGUUGCUAUGCGAGGUGCAGCCACUUAGUCGUCAAGCAAGCAGAAGCUUUUUUUCUCCUCCACAGAGGAACCACUUUAGGGCUUUGGUGUGGCAGCUGUUUGGUUCUGGUCUUUUCACCAUAACCCCCCCCCCCCCCCCCCCCCCCCCCCCCCCCCCCCCCCCCCCCCAUACCCAGAGGACUCUAAGGCAUUAUAAUCCACAUACUGUCUGCAUUUCCCCACACAAUACUGUUUCAGAUGACAGGACCUGUACCUCUCCUCUCUGAUCCUUGGCCAAGUGUGCAUGUGUGUGUUGAAUGGGAUUAGCCAUUCAUUUACAUAGACCAGCCUCCACAAUGGGUUUACCAAGUCCACCCACUCAAUGUGAGAGGCCCCACAGUUUGCUAUUGUCUGGUAUGUCAGGCGUAGCUUCCACAUUUUUUUUUAAAAAUAUAUAUAAACUAAAACUUACAUAGACAAAAACCAGUAGACAACUUAUCAUUGACAUACUUCCAAAUACUUCACUGUAUACAGAGCAUAGGUGUUUGUUUGUGUGCGUGUCUGAGUGCCUGUGUUUGUGUGUGUGUCUGAGUGCAUGUGUUUGUGUGUGUGUGUAGUUGUGGGUGCAUGUUUGUGGCAACAUGAGCAGAAGGAUAAAGUCUUAAUUAAAUCAAACAGAGUAAACCUGGCCAAUCAGUGUAAUCAACUGGCCUAGCAUGUCUAAUCUAGUCCCGCCAACCGAACGGACGGAUGCCGCACCAUCUGUUAUGCAGAUCGAUACUCACUCAUCACAGGAGAAAUGGAUUAGUGGCAAUAAAGCGCCUCUCCUCCCUCAGGUGGAGGGUUACCAUGGCAAACAGACCAUAUAGUCCCCCUUCGUAUGUUCCUCAACCAUCCGAUGCUCGCUUCCUUACCUGGAACCUCUGCGUUUGAGAUUACUGUAUCAUUUUAAAUUGACUUGCCUAGUUACUUCCUUUCUCUGUGUUUCAGUUACUGUAAGGUCAAUGUUGUUCAGCUGUUCACUGGCUUCCGCUGCCGUCCAGUGCCACCACUGUCACAUAGUCCCCACUGAUAUUCUGUAACUCUCAGGCAGACUUGGUAGUGUCUGUAAUUAUCUAAUUUAUGAGUCCCAUGUAUUUGUUGAUGCUGUGCAGCCAGCCACACAAAGAAACAGUAGCAGUGACUGAAUGCAAGGUUACCACUGUCUUUCUCCUGUAGUGUUUUUAACCCACUAGGUGUUGACUCCUAUCCUCUGUCCCGUAGGUGCUACACUGCUGUGUCUCUGGCUCCAACCUGCACACCCAGCAGAGCCACUACCUCCUGAGUCUGUCUGACCUCUCCACUGACUACGACCCCUUCCUCAUACUGGGCCAGGUCAAGAGCUCAGAGCCCCCUCUCUCACACACCAACGCAGACUUUGGCAGCCUGCUCACCGUGGCCGAGGGUAAGGAGGCCAGAGACCUCACCGGCCACACUACUGUCACCAACACAGCAGGAUGCAGAAUAGGGAGACGAGGCGCCACCCGUUUAAUACCUGCUGUG